CGUGGUUAUAAAAGGCGGCGCACGCACAGCCACUUCCUUCGUGCCUCGUAGAAGGAGAUGCUGGAAGUGCCUGCUAGUGCAGCCGCCGCUGCCGCCAGCCUACGUCACAGGGAGGCGGCUGAGGAGGGGGGCCUGCUAACUUAAAAGUCCCUUGAACUCGAUCGCUCCGUCCCCCUUCUAACCCGCUCCUUUCCCGCCUGCUCUCUCGCCUCCUCCUCCGCUUCCCACCCCCCUUUGAGGCGGCCCCGUGUGCGCCCACCGUGCCCCCUUCCACUCAACGCCCGGAGCUGGCUACCCCUUGCCGCCUCCAUGCAUCCUGCCCUUUACACCCGGGCCAGCAUGAUACGCGAAAUCGCCGCGGCCGUGGGCUUCAUCUCCAAGUUCCUGCGCACCAAGGGGCUGAUGAACGAGCGGCAGCUGCAGACGUUCAGCCAGAGCCUGCAGGAGCUGUUGGCAGGUAUGGGGGAGGCAGCAGAGGGGGGUGGGAAGGGGACGAUUUUAAGUAUUUAUCUCUUCUCCGCCACCCGCCUCCUCCUCCUUAUCUCCCCGCUUUUCUAAUGCUGCCUCAUCCUCCCUCUCCAGGUUUUGUUUCUCUUUCCACCGCAGCAUUUGGAGGAGCGGGGAUCGCUGCCUCGAUUGCAUACUUUUUUCUUUGGUGGUGGUGGGAAGGGUGUUGUGGAGUUAAUGACCUCCUAUAAAAUGUGCCGCAGAAAGAGAUGCAUUUCGCAUAAGACCAGGAAAUGGCUCUCCCCACCCCCCACGCGCUUUCAAAAAUCGGGAUUCACGAGAUUGUAGUGCGUUGUUUUAUAGUACUAUCGCAGUAACGGUUCCUUCGUGCUGUCCCGUCCAGAGGGCUGCGGGGGUGGCACGUUUCCCCCUCGUAUGUUCAGCUGCGUGCCUGGAAAGUCCCUUCCUUCCCUGCCUUCCUCUGUUCCUUCUUCAGUGUUUGUACUCAAGUUCACGUCAUGCAGAUUAGUUCUCCUCCCCCCACCCCCGGCCACGCAUACACACACACACAAAACCCAGACACCAAUCGGACUUUUACGCAGUUAUGGAAAUAAAGGCGGGGCGGCGCUAUUCCCCGCCCACCACAGUGGUUAUUUGUUUUACAUGAUGAUUCGAAUCCACAUGAAGGUGAUUUGGGUUGAGGUUCGGUAGUUACUGAACUAAUUGGGUGCAUAGGAGUUACUUUGCACAGCUGUUAGUAUAAACGCGUGAAGGUUUGUUUAUCCCGCUCAUCUGCAUCCUUUUGCUCUCGGGGACAGACACAAGUGGCCAUAAGCUGCGUGUUUGUCUCUUCGGAAGGAAAAGCUCCUUUGCAGAAGGAAUCGGUUUCCUUCUCUGGUCUGUGCUGGGUCCGAGGGUGGUCCUAUCAGCUCUUUGUGUGUUCUGUGCCCCUCAAUUGCAGACCAAGGGGGUUGCUGUAGCCAUAAUCUUUGCACAUUUGGAGACUAAGAAUCCUAUUUAUUUUUCCUCCUGGUUUCUUAGGGAAGGGAUUUUUGUCAACACUUCAUCUCUGUGGCAAGGCUGUGGUAGUGAAUAGUACCCUUUACCCUUUUCUGCUCAUUUGGGGGAGUCGUUCGCUGCAAACACACAUUUACAUGGAAGCCAGACCCAAUGAACAGAAAGGGGACUUGUUUCUACGUAAACAUGUGUGGGAUUGUGCUGCUAGUGUCCCUUUUCUACCUCAGCUGUUCUCCAAGCUGUAGUGGUAGCCCUUUUUCCUUCUCUCCCUUUGGUGGCUGCUGCAGGGGCAAAAUGCCAUACUAAUUCCUGCUGCUGCUUAUCCCACAACAUACAGCUGCCCCUCAUUUUCUUUUUGCUUUGUCUUAGUGUGCUUUCCCUUCAUUGUACUAAGACAAAGAAAUGCCAGCAAGGAGAUUGUAAUGUAGUAAUUCAGUAUGAUGUGGUUAGGUUCUGUGUGUACAUUAUAAGACUGGGUCCAAGAUGCUCCUUGAAGUACAUUUAUCAUAACAAUAAAACAACCUACAUUGGACUUGGCUGUUAUUCUUUUGCAUAUUUUUUAAAAAAAACAAAUAACCCCACUAUUUCUAAACAGUAAAAAUGGUUCAGAGGAAGAAACAGCCCUUCUAAAGAAAACGACAGUCUUAUUUGAUUAAAUGCAUCUUACUCUGAGUUGCUUACUUGGAAAGGCUCCUAAGCACAGUUCUGGAAAUAAUAGAUAAAUAAAAUGAUGGGUAGCAUUGGAAGAUUUUAGUUAAAGCAGUUUAACCUACUGUAACAAGAUUCCUGUUCUAAUCUAAGAGCAAAUGUUGUCCUGCUGAGAAUAAAUACCUAAUCCAUACAUGUAAACAUAUGAGGAUGAGUCCAAAUUUGAGCAAAACAUUAAGAUUAUUGAGGGAAAUGUCAAAAAGUUCAUUUUUUCAAAAAUCAGUCACCCAGUGUGUUUCAGUAAUAAUAGACUCAAGAGAUAGCAAACCAAUUCUAAAAAAGAAAUAUGCAUAACUUGCCUAUCCCAAUUGUUAGGAAUCCAGAAUUCUGGAAAACUUAUAGCCAAACAUAUAGGCGGUGUGACACAGUACUUAGGACACCUCUUUGUUUAGCACUGCAGGCAAGGUUCCACUUCACAUGUUAGAAUUUCAUAUGUGCAUAUUCUUACUUGGUUAUGGAGAAGGUUGCACAAGUCUGUGAUAUGUUGCACACAUCAGGAAAUAGAUUUCAUGCUUCUUUCAGAUGUGUAUUUAUGGUACAGCUGAAAAAAGAUGUGGGAGAAUAUUACUGCAUUACAAACUACACAUAAUGAAACUGUGAAGAGGCCUUUGGAUAUAUACUCAAGAUUCUCCCCCGACCCCCAAAUUGGUUUUAUCGCCCUACUUUGAAGUGUCUAGGUGCCCAAUUACAUGUUUUUCUCACCCCCAUUUGUGGAGGGUAUCAUUCAGUACUGCUUUUAUACAUGCAUAGGCAGUUAAAUGUGCCUUUAGCUACAGUGAUCAAAAUACUUGGUUUCUGUUGAGCCUGUCAUUAUUUUCCAGGCCAUUGAAUAUUCAUUUUUGCAUCUGUGUCGUAUUUCUCUCCCCCCCCCCAAUGCUCUUGUUCUAAGCUACCAUUUUCAAGCGUAAUAACACAAUUACACACAUUGGUUACCUGAAGAGCAAAGUAUGAUCUUUUGUUGCUUUCAUUUUGUUCUGUAGAACACUAUAAACACCACUGGUUCCCUGAAAAGCCAUGCAAAGGAUCGGGCUAUCGCUGCAUCCGGAUCAACCAUAAAAUGGAUCCCUUGAUUGGGCAGGCAGCACAACGAAUUGGACUCAGCGGUCAAGAACUGUUCCGGCUUCUUCCAAGUGAACUCACUCUCUGGGUCGACCCUUACGAGGUAUCCUAUCGCAUCGGAGAGGAUGGCUCAAUCUGUGUGCUGUAUGAAGCCACACCAGCAGGAGCUAGCCAAAACAGCACCAGCAUGCAAAUGGUAGACAGCAGAAUAAGCUGUAAGGAAGAACUUCUCUUGGGCAGAACCAGUCCCUCCAAGAGCUACAAUAUGAUGACUGUAUCAGGUUAAGAUAAUAGCCUAUGGAUGGAUCAUCUUAUAAUGGAUGGAUAAAAUUUGGUUUUUACUUUGGGUGGGCUCCUCUGGGGAUGGAUUAUGGAAUUUAAACCAUGUCACACCUGUGAAGACCUGGCACAAGAUAGAAUGGUAAACUUUUAUUUUAUAGUGGCAGUGCCAUAGUUUCGACAGUACCUUUCAGUGAUUUAAAUAGCCUGUGAGUAAAGAUGAUUGCUUUAUUUCCUAAGGUGUGAAGUUGUCCAAGGAAGGCUGCAGUUUUCUCCCAGAUGUCUUGCUUAAUUUUUUUCCAUUUUUUUUCAAAAAACAUCAGUUUUCAGCCUAAAGCUAUAGCUAUAAAAUUUAUUCUCUGCAGUAAAUGUUGCAGAGUAAAUUUGCACUAUUGACAUUUUUAGGAAAAAAAUUGUUAACAUUUUUGGCAGCUCAGUAACAAGACUUGUUAUGAACAUGGUAGUACUGGAAAUUUUAUCUGACAAGACUUUUACCUAGCACUUAACAAUCUGUAUAAACUGUACAUAAGUCACACUUGGUGAGCAUGAACUGGGGGAAAUGGUCAGAUCUCUGUAUAUUGGCCUUCAAAGUAGCAAGUGAGCAGGAUCUGCUAUGCCAACAGGCUUGAGAGAGACCAUAUAAAGACACUGUCUGAACUGUGGUGUGUUUUACCAGCCAGCUAUCUGUACAUUUGCUAGCUUGUAGUUUUCUAAGACUGAGUAAACCUCUUAUUUUUAGAAAGUGGAGGUCUGGUUUGUAAUUUCCUUGUACUUAAUUGGGUAAAAGUCUUUUCCACAAACCACCAUCUAUUUUGUGAACUUUGUUAGUCAUCUUUUUUUUUUUUUUUUUGGUAAAUUAUGAACUGGUGUAAAUUUGUACAGUUCAUGUAUAUUGAUUGUGGCAAAGUUGUACAGAUUUCUAUAUUUUGGAUGAGAAACUUUUCUUCUCUCUAUAAUAAAUUGUUUCCUAUCUUGGCAUUUUAAUUUAAUCUCUUGUCGUGCUUGCAUAGGAUCAGUUUAAAUUAUUUUUAGUCCUAGUAGACUCUCAUGUUUUGUAAAGGAUGGGAGCACUUGAGGUAGGGGAGAGCUUGAUAAAAGUUUUGGAUGGAAGAAGAGGAUCAUUGGGUAUAAAUGUUUGAGGAGCCCAGACCAUACAUUAAUGUGUCACUUUUAACACCUUUAAAAAUGGGCCAUAACGUGGAAAUAAUGCAAGGGUCCAAUUAUUCCUAAAUAUGAGGAAAACAUGCAGAACGACCAACAGACAUGCAGAACAACCAACAAACGAGCAGUGAAUAAAUCCUGCGGAUCAAUGUUUACAUGGUUUCCUGAUGAACGAGGAGCUAGCAAACCAUUAAAACGAAAAAAUAAAAAUAAACCUCAUUUCCAACUUGACGGAUGCCCAGCUCAAUUGGUAUUUACUAGGAUCAAUGUCACACAGCCCUUAGGAGCAGGUUAACCACUCAACAGAAAGGUUGAUUGCCUUUUGCUUUUCUUCAAACACAAGAUUCUCUUAGAGUUCAGUGAGAUGGGAUCCAGCAAAAGGUAUGUAUCUGUAUGUUUUUCUUUCCCAACGAUAGCAGGUGUUCUGGUGCUGGCCUGAUGACACUAAGGCAGACAUCUUGGGCACUUUGCUUGGAGGUAAGCAGGACUUCCAAGUAAAUGUGUGUGGAACUGGGCCAAAAGUCUGAAUUUAUAAACUUGCAAAUAGAGCUUGUAUUCUGCAAGUUUAUAUCCUUUUCCUGGCUGCUGAUGAAAAUGGCCCUUCCCCUAGUCCAUGGCUGGUUUCAGUACCUGUCUCAUUCAUCUGCGUCCAUCCUAUAUGGCUUGGCACACUGCUAAAGUAUUUCCUAUUGUGGGAGGUUCAUGUUGUAUGGUGUGCCUGCUAAAUCUAAAAAAAUGUCCCAUUUUAGGGCUAGUAAUAUUGGAUUAGCUCCAUACCAAAUUGUUACUUUAUGACUUUUAGAUGAGGGAUGGGGUGAAUCUCUCUCUCCAGAUGUUGUACUACCACUGAUAAUGCUUGUAGAUGAUGCUAGGAGUUACAUCAUCUGGAGGACCAGAGGUUCUGUUCCUGUUUCAGACGUACCCUAACAAUAUUGAUCAUAACACUGUGGGAAGUCCAAGGCUGUUUGCAUUUGGAAAUCCAUUAGCUUGGAUUCUGUAAGCAAUAGGCAUAGUCCCAGCUUCUGAAUUAUCCACGCUCUCCAAAAAACGCUGAAGGGUGGUCUGAACUCCCACAGCUCAUCAUUUGAUAUUAUGUGUAACUUGCUUUCCUCAACUUUGAGUUCUUGCCUCUGAGGUAAACUAAAUGUUCUGCUUCAAGUGAGAUUUCUAGUAAUCUGGGUUUCUUGGACCCAGUGUAUACCACACUUCAGUUUCUAAGUGGUGGAGAAUGUGUCGCCCUCCAUACGUCACUGGACUAAAGUUCCCAUCGUCCUGAUUAUUGGUCAUGCUGGCUGUGGCUGAUGGGAAGUGCAGUCUAGCAACAUCUGAAGGGCCACAUGUUCCUGAACCCAUUCUAAGUUUUGAGGAAAUGCCAUAGCCAUCUGUAGAGAUGAUGCACUUCAUCUUCUUGGCUGAGGGUUAUUGUUCACUUAAGCACUACAUGAAUGCCAAUUAUCCAUGGCCAAGCUACGCUGGAAAGCAAGUUCCUAAGCACCUGUAGAAGCUGAAUUAUGACAUGAGCUUGAAAGCUACAUUUUCAUGAUCUCGCACACAACUUUUCAUUAGCUUUAAAAUGCUUAAGCCUGGUCCUUUUCAGUAGUGUAUUAUUUCUAUAAAGCUCUACUGAUUUUAAUUGUAGGCAACAGUGAGUGUCACUCUUUCCUAAGCAAUUAAUAAAUUAAUUUCACUUUACCUGAAGGUCAUAGUAAAAUUGGGCUAGAGCAUUACGAUCCUUUCAUAUAGGGAAUGAACACUGUCACAUGAGCCUUUUGGCCUUCAUAGGUCCAGCUUCCUAUGUGCUUCUUGUCUUUGAGUGUAGUUAUUAUCAAUAUAAAAAAAAAAAAACAUUUUAAAAAUAUGUUGGCAUGUGUCUUGGCAACUCUUUUAAUUUGUGCAUGGGUUUUAGUUGCUAAGUAGGUCAGCUGCUAGGGGGGAAAGGUGCUUUUCUGAUAACACUGAAGACAGCUGCUUUAUGUAAACAGUUUGCAUCUUCGGUGAGCCAAUGCUUGCUCUGAAACCUUACUUAUUCGAAACAGCUUGAAAGAUUGCAAAUAUGUGGUUGCACUUAAGCAGAACACAUAACCCCUUUUGGAAAAAAGUAGUAAUUGAAAGUACAUUGACAGUGGUUUCCUGUGACUGAAAUACUAUUUUGUUUCGCAGCUUCCUUUUUUUGCGCAUGAAAGACUUGCAGAUGCAGCUCUGCUUGAUCUAGCAUGCUUAUGCUUUUCUCUUUGCUUUUUAACCAAGCUUUGGAACCUGAAGCAUUUGGUUGCCUUCAUGAUGUCAGUUCUGGCAGUCAUGGAAGCAAUAUAAGUCUCGUCUUUUGUCAGGUUGGCUGCUUGUACACAGUGGCUGCUACACCUGCUGCAGGAGGCUUAUUUGUGAUACUGAAUUUGGAGCAGGCCCUGUGUGAUGGCUAACAUUUUGAAUCCUUUUAAGGCUUGGGUGACUUUGUUCAUGACCCUUGUUAAGAGCUUUUGCAUAACUUGUAGAGCUGACCCUCACUUUGUCUCUCACAGCUUGAGAAAAUAUUCCUCUUGACUACAGAUCUUACCAGCAGCAUUUUAAAAAACCAGUAACAAGGCAUUUGCAUUUAAAACAAACAGCUUUUGAGACUGUCAAACUAUGUGGUGUAUAGUUGCACAGAACCUAGUCAACCACAGGAAAAGCUCAUCUGUUAUGCUGAAGAGUAGUGCCAUCACUAUAAAACUGACUUUUGGACCAAACAUUAGCAAAAUAGUAUAAUUCUAACCUGCAAAGUUUGUUGCAGUGCAGUCUUAAAUUGAUCUCACAGGAACACUGAGAGGUAGACUGCUGUUAACUUCUCUCAGAUGCAGAAAUUCAUUCUGAGAGGAAGCUUAUUAGCAACUUCAGAGCUGAGGGAAAGUGUGAAAUGAAGUUGUGCAGGGAUAGGUAACAUGGAGCCCUCCAGGUGUUAUUAGGCUACAACUCCCAUAAGCCACAGCUGGCAUAAGUUUUACUUAGCCAGAUGACUAUAUAUGCAUAAAUAUUUAUAUGAAUACAAUAGUUCUAAAGGAAAAGUCAUACUUUAUUUCUAGGUGAUGGAUAUUUAUAUGGCAGCAGGCCUAGCCUUAGAGGUACCGAUUUUCUCACAUAGGAGAGUGUUCUAAGGUGACACCAAUUGUAGUUUUUAUAUAUCUGCUUAUAGUAAAAAAUAAAUAUGUGGCUGAUAAAUUGGACCUUGUUUUCAAAUCAAAUAAAAACCCUUUGAUCAAUUGGCUAAUCAAACAUGGCAGUCCUAAUAACAGUCUGUGUUCAUAAUUCAGUGAUGAUCUACCCCCUAUUUUCUUCUUGUUUGACUUCAGAGUCAGUUUAAGGGUGCAAUCCUAUACACACAACCUGGGAGUGAGUUGCAAUAUAUUCUGUGCAGACGUGUACAGGAUUGAACUGCACAUGUUUUUGGCAGAAUAAAUAAAGCAUCCUGUUAAGCUUUUGAGGCCAUUGCUGCUGGAGCUCAGUCUAGGUGAGACAGUUGCUUGUUUUGCUGCCUCAUAAACAUAAGAGACAAUAUUUGUUUUUUUAAAGACUUAUGCAGUCAAUGGAUCAGUAUUUAGUUUCUAAAUGGUAGCCUUUAAAGCAGAAUUGGGCAUCUUCCAUAUGUUGUUAGAACCCAACGAUAUAGAUAUCGAGAUAUCAAAUUUUAUUGUUUUUCAAUAUCAAGAAAAAGAAAAAGAAUAAAACCCAACUGCUAUCUGCUUCAUCCAGCAUGUGCAAUGUUCAGAAAUGAUAGGUUUUGUAGGGCCACAGGCUCUCCACUUGCCUUAAAGCAUUAGAACUCUUAUCCUACCUAACAUCUGUUUGGAAAAUAAUAUUAAAUACGUCUUUGUGAGGUAGCAGUGGAUAUUUAGACCACAGAAUGUUAGAUGACACAGUCUUACCAGACUUUGUGCAUGGCUAGAGGACAAAUUAUGACACUUCUGAAAUGUCCAUUAUGAAGGGAGGUGACCUUCCUUAGCCACUCUCAGCUAAAAGCUGUGGUUAGGUUUUUUCCCCACUGCUAAAACUUCAGUAAUAGCCUAUCCUUUCUCAUAAACACAGGUAACUGCCAGAAACAAGUCAGUUUUAGCAUCUGUGUGUUUGGAUGUGUAAUACAUCUCCUGCCAACUGAGACUUCCAGGCAGUUGAGGUAACUAAGAGGCCUGCUGUUUCUGAUGCCAGUGCUCAAAAAGGUGACUCACCUCUUCAAACGAGAGUUGGGCUUAGAAAUGGUUUGAAAGCAAAAGGCAUUUUUUUGAGUUUCGUUUACAAAACACUCGCUUUAGUUUAUCAGUCUUUGAAAUACCCGGCCCACUUUUAUGUUUUCUUUUGAUCCAAGCCCUAAAUUUUAGGGUUCUAGUGAAAGUCUCUUUCUCUGUUCAGCUCAGCCUACUCUGAUUUUGGUCUUGAGGGAGUUUUUCUUCCUCCCCCCCCCCCCCCCACUUUAUGGCCAAACAGCUUGCCACACAUUUCCAGGCAGAAAAUGAGGCUCAACGCAUGCUGAAGGACAAGUAGUCACUGUAAGUGAUUGAGAAUUCAUUUGAUAGCGUGGAAUAUGUAUCUUGAUUUGUAAUCUCUGGAAACUGAUCCAGCAGUCGCUCUUUAUCCGAGCUGAAUUAAUCCUGAAUAAUAAGCAUUUAGAGUUUUUAUAAAUGCCCUCUAGACAGCACACAAAAUAAUAUUUUAUCUUAAUAAUACCUCUCAAAUCUGUGGUGUGUGAACUAUUAUUCCUUUUUUAUGUAUUUUAUACAGAAGUCACUGGGAGAUUAGCUCCUCCAUAGUCAUGCAAUUGUGAAUGUGAAUCCUGAGGAACGAAGUCACCGUGUAGUGACUAGUUCAUUUCAAAAAAUAGUUGUUGGCCUUUCUGGACGCAGCAGGAACAACUGUACAUUGACCAUUUCCCCAGGUCUGCAGUCCACCGUUGUUUGUUUGCUUUGUAGGACUUUUGUUCACUCCUCAUUGCUGUAGUUCAUAGUUGCAGGUUCUUUGGUGUAUAAAACUUGGCCUCUAAUGAACUGGCAAUGUUAUCGAUGUGGCAUGAAUAACUUACCAGGACUAUAAGAGUUGGUAAUGAGGAAUUAAUAGGAACUCUAUGAAGAAAGUACAGUGUUUCCUGACGGCUAAUUAUGACUUUUCCACUCCCACAAAUGUGAUAUUGCAUAAAAACAUCAAGGUAGAAGGGCAAGACUUGCAAAAUCAGUGAAAUGGACAAGCAUACAGCUGGGUUCUAGGUGAAUUCUCUCUUUGCCAUGGUUUCUUGAAACUAAUCAAAUUUCCACUUUGUGUCACUCUCAUAGGACGUUAGGGAAAAGUUUAAAGUAUAUUAAGUGUACAGUUAGGAAUUUGCGAUUGACAAAAAUAGAUUGUAGGGAUAAAUAACCAGACCAAAAGCAAUAAGAAACUGUGAUUUAUUAAUGUUUAAACUUGUGACAGAAGGUUUUUUGUUUUUUGUUUGUUAUACCUACAUUCCAGGGUGGUAGCAACGUCGUGUGAGAAGCAGGAUAUUAAACUAGCAGCUUUAAAAUAUUAUUUAUUUUAUGAAUCGAUUCCCGUAAAACAUCCCAAAGCGAUUUGACAAUUGAAAUGUCAACAAUAAAAACACACAUAAAAACAAUUUAAAGUCCAAUACAGAUAGAAACAUUGGAUUUAUACCCUAAUUAGUUAUGUAGCAACCACACUGUAUACACAGGAUCUGGGGGCGCUUGGGUGCAAGGUGACUUUCAAAGCCAAUAAGGUCAGAUACUGUUUAGCUUUGUUAGCUACGGAAACAGAGAGCAAGCUGCAGCUGCACACAUAUAAACAGUUACCCAUUGCUAGACCUCUGUUCAGGCAGACCCAUCUGCUCAAAACAUACAGUUGAAAAAUGUCUGCAUGGAAUGCUCUUAAAUUUAGGACAAAGCUAAUUUGCCUUUAGGGACGCGGGUGGCGCUGUGGGUUAAACCACAGAGCCUAGGACUUGCUGAUCAGAAAGUCGGCGGUUCGAAUCCCCACAAUGGGGUGAGCUCCCGUUGCUCAGUCCCUGCUCCUGCCAUCCUAGCAGUUCGAAAGCACGUCAAAGUGCAAGUAGAUAAACAGGUACCGCUCCAGCGGAAAGGUAAACGGCGUUUCCAUGCGCUGCUCUGGUUCGCCAGAAGUGGCUUAGUCAUGCUGGCCACAUGACCUGGAAGCUGUACGCCGGCUCCCUCGGCCAAUAAAGCGAGAUGAGCGCCGCAACCCCAGAGUCGGUCACGACUGGACCUAAUGGUUAGGGGUCCCUUUACCUUUACCUUUAAUUUGCCUUUGGAUUGUGCCCAUUGUAUCUUAACAGAUUUUAGUUCCAAUGCUACUAUCUUCCUCAGGCCCAGCCCACCCAUAAGGUGACUGCCUCAGGCGGCAGGAUCCACAUGGGCAGCAGAUCUUGAUAUAGAGCUUUAUUCAAGGCCAGCCCACCAAUGAGGCAAGGUGAGGUGACUGCCUCACAUGGCAGGAUUCAUCGGGACAGCAGAUCCAAAGGUCAAUCUUUCUUCCCCCUCCCCUUGUUCCUGAUGUAGCUCUUCCCUGGCGGGGAGGGGGUGUUAUUAUGAAUGGUUUUGAAUGGUUUAUGUCUAGUGGGCACAGUCCCAAGAACUAUCUGAGGCAUGCUCUAUUGCUGGUAAAGCAUAUCAGCUAUAUCGUAUCUGGCUUCUCAUAUCAUUGGUCAAAUAUAAUAUCUAUACAAAAAUAAGUUUAAGGAAGAUGUUAAAGUUUUAAGCAGCUUAUUUCAGUGCAGUAGCUUCUUGAGUUCUUGUUAAUCAUGGCUCUAUGGAUGUCUUUAAAAAAUAAUUGUCCUCUUCCUGUGGAACUCUGAAUGCAAGUAAGAAUGGUGCAUCUGUGACAUUAUACCACUCUCCAUGCAUUAGAUUUUUGACUUUGCAGAAUCAGCAAGACAUAUGAGUUUAGGUACAGUGUAUGCGCAACCAUCACACAUGCAUUAGGUAUUCAUUGCCACUGUUUGAAUUAGGCCUCAGCAAGUGAAUAGCAGGGCAUUUUAUAAAAGGUGAACUUCAGCAGCAGUAUAAGGUUGGGACAUUGUGUGUGCUUGUUCACAGUGAAAGAAACUUCUGUCUUCUAGUAAUCAUCCACUUGACCUCUAAUCCUUCAACUUGUUUGUGUACCCUUUUACAGGUAUUUGGCUUUCUGUUUGGGUCAUGGCCUUUCUUAACACUUUUUCCUCUCAAAUGUCAGCAUUUGACCUGUCGUCUCAGCUUGUUUGACGUAAACUAGAAUCUGGAUUGUUUUAUUCUUAUGAUGCUUUGUUUUCAUUCUUAUAAUAUUGAAUCAAAGCAAUUAUUUACACUGUACUUACUAUAGAUAAUACUUUACGUUCAUCCAAUUCAUCCUGGGAAAUAGGCAACUGUUAUUUCCCAGUUUGCAUAAUGGCAACAGAACAGAAUAUGAUUCGGUGUGAGUUUGUGGCUCAGCAGAGGUUUGGACUCUGAUGUAUUUACAACUUCUAUCACAAUCCUUCACAGGUUCUUGACAAGUUGGUAAUAAAAUUGGCAUUUGUACCACAUUGUAUUUUAACUUGGUUUGCAUUUGGCCUUUCUGGCUGGUCAUGGAAAUAGUUUUACCACAAACUCGGAUAAUUAAAUAUGUUGGUUAAAAUGCUUUUAUUCUGUAUUCCCACCCAUAACAGAAAGUCUAAGGUAGCUAACAACAAAUCAGUAAUAAAGUACUUCAAGAUAAGAAUACAAAAUAGCAGUGCCAAGCAAUAAAAACAAACAAUCAUAAAGUGAUAGCUCAUAGGACAAUUCAGUUGCCAUGUAACUUAAAUUCAUGCUGCAAUGGCAGUGUUUUAGUCAGGCAUCUGAAGAUGCGUAGGGGAGAAGUGACAAAUCCUCCUGGGUUAGGGAGUUCCACAGCUUGGCUCUACCACCAAGAAGGCCCCGCCAAACAUUAUUAGCUCAACACACCUCAGUUCAUAAGGGGGGAUACAGAGCAGGAACUAAGUUGAAGGGGAAAUCCUCUCCUCCUCACGGAGGGGAGGCGUUGUGAUCGGGAACCGUUCCCGCGCUGAGCAGGGGGCGUUCCGGCCCCUGCUCAAUGUCAUCGCUGACGCGCCCCCCCCAGUGAGCCUGCCUAUCAGCUGCAGGCUCGGGGGCGGGGUUUAGCCGCUUAAACGCGGCCGCGGCAGCCCUCUUUCCCUCACUGCGCUGCUGGGAUCGUCAUCGGAUUAAGAUACCGUGCAUGGCACUUUAAAGAGUAUAAAAUCCCAGGUUCCUGCCCUGAGGACCUUACAGUCUAUAAUUUGAGAUAGGAAACCACAGAGGCACAGGAUGGAAGCUGAAGGGGGAUCAAUAGGAGAAAAAAAUACUAAGUUUAUUUUAUUAGUAUAGUUCAGGCAUCCCCAACCUGCAGCCCUCCAAAUGUUUUGGCCUACAACUCCCAUGAUCCCUAGCUAACAGGACCAGUGGUCAGGGAUGAUGGGAACUGUAGUCCAAAACAUCUGGAGGGCUGAAUGUUGGGGAUGCCUGGUAUAGUUAUAUCACACCUUUCUACAAGAAGCUUAAGGUGGCAUCCACGUUUCCCUAUUUCAUCCUUACAACCACCUUUUUAAGGCAGGUUGGACUGAGAGAUGGUGAUUGGCUCAAAGUUACUCAGUGAGCUUCAUGGCUGAGUGAGUAUUUGAUCCCUGGUGUCCCAGAUCGUAGUCCAACAUUCUAGCACUACACCAUAUUGGCUUUAAGUUAAAUAUACAUAGACUAGACUUGGUAGCAGGGCCUGGGAAACUACUAUUGCAAUGUGUUCUGGGUCCAUGGGGCUGUAUUUAAAGUGUUUGGAAGCUUCAACUGAAGCAGAAAUAUCACCACCAGAUUGCUGAUAGGAACUGAUUGACCAAUACCAGACUAAUACGCCUCAGUCAAUCUGCACUGGUUCCCCGCUCAGUUUAAGGUGCUAGGUCUUAUCUUUAAAUAUCUAAUCACCUUGGGCCUUGGGUACCUUAAGGAUGCCCUCCUCUUCUCUCUAGGUGCAACAUCUGAGAUCCUUCUCCAUGUGCUUCCACAGUCUGUGGUCAAUGUUGUCUUGCAGUGGCAGCAGCCUUAAGAAUUCACAUUUACAGGGAGGCCCACUAGCCCCAACUUCAGGUGUUUUCAUGAGUCAGGCAGCAACCUGUCUUUAAGAAGGCUCUUUUGGAUUCAGCCAAUCUUUAUAUUUCCUGGUUUUCUGUUGAUUGAAAUAGUGGCUAGUCCCCCUUGUAUUAUUGAUUACUGCUGCUUUAUUCUGCUAGCUGCUGCCAGUUUAUUUCUUUGUAGUUUGAUAUUUGCUGUUGCUAUGAUUUGUUACAAGCUGCCUUGAGAGAGCUAGAAUGUGUUUUAGUAGUUCUGUCUAAGGAACAGGCAACAUGUAAGUUUAGAAACAGACAGAACAAUUCAGAAAUGGAAAGCAUCAAGGGCAUAGAGGCUUUGUUAUGGUACUGGCAUAGGCAGAUGGGCUCAAGAAAGCACUAGCCAUUGAGGUACUUCACAGUCCAAGUUAGUGCUGUGCCGAAGUCUGUCUUCCAGUUUCUCAAAAGUGUUCUUCCUCUGCUGGAGAGGCGUUUGUUUUUCAGCCUCAUACUCAUAGUGUUUGAGAAUCUUUUUACAGUUUCUGUCAUUGCAGGGUUGUGAGCUUACUAGGAUGGUUACACGGUGCCCAAAAGCAAUGCGUGCAUUUUUCUUCCCAGUAAACAUUUCUCCAGCAAUCUCCAGCCCCCCUGACUGCUCACUCUUCCUCAUCUAAAAAGGCCCCAUAAAUUUUCAGUACAGUAGCACUAGUCCAAGUAGCCAUGCAUUGCCCACGGAGAUUGAUCUGAUUUGUAAGAGGAGGUUCAGGAACUACAGAUCAAGGUGGUGCAAACUUGGGGGUUUCCUCUAAUUCUGUGAAAGGUAAUCACAAAUACUGCUGGCUCUCAGGUAUUUAUGGGUCUCAAGUGCCUAAACUGGAAAUUGAGAGUUGUAUCCAAUAUUUGUCCUAGCCAGAGUAGACCCAUUCAAAUUAACGGACCUAAAAGGGUUGUGUCCAUUAUUUUCAAUGAGUCUACUGUGCUGGGACAAGCAUUGGACACAACCUUGAGAUAUGGAAGAAUCAGUGCCACUGUCCAUGGAUCCAUGGUCUCAAACGUUUUUUUCAAGGAUACUACACUAUGAUUAUUUUCUUCAAAAGAGUCCCUUAUUACAGAUGUAUGCCUUCAAAUUCUUUUUAUCUACACAGGUCUUUCAGGAAUAUUUUAGAAGGCUUGUCAGUCUUCGUAAUAUGUUUGUGGAACUCUUCCUACAGCUUAAUCUUUUUUUUUUAUUUAUUAAAGGCAACAGUCAUCCCAGAUGUCAGUUGGUGCCUGGAAUUUAAUAGGUGUUAAUGAAAACAAAUGCUUAUGAAAGUCCAACUAGAGUCUGCUCCCUCACAUCAUUAACUGUCUCUCCCUUGUAAUGCAGCUGUUUCCUCAGCUCCCUUUGGAGGUAAACAUUCUAUUUAAAAGGGGAAGGGUGCAAUUCACAUUUGACCUAUGUGGAGGAGGAAAAACAGUAAGUGCUCUGGGGAAAUUUCAAGGAAUUAUUAUUAUUAUUAUUAUUAUUAUUUUACAAAACUAAACCUCAAAGACAACUAUCAAAAUGUUUCUGUUUUAAAAAGAUAAAGUAAAAAUACAGUUGCAUAAUAUGGCUAAUAUUUGUUACCUUUAUGUUGUUGUUUAGUCGUUUAGUCAUGUCCGACUCUUCAUGAUCCCAUGGACCAGAGCACGCCAGGCACUCCUGUCUUCCACUGCCUCCCGCAGUUUGGUCAAACUCAUGUUGGUAGCUUUGAGAACACUAUCCAACCAUCUCGUCCUCUGUCAUCCCCUUCUCCUUGUGCCUUCCAUCUUUCCCAAUAUCAGGGUCUUUUCCAGGGAGUCUUCUCUUCUCAUGAGGUGGCCAAAGUAUUGGAGCCUCAGUUUCAGGAUCUGUCCUUCCAGUGAGCACUCAGGGCUGAUUUCCUUAAGAAUGGAUAGGUUUGAUCUUCUUGAAGUCCAUGGGACUCUCAAGAGUCCCAUGUUACCUUUAUACUUGCCACUUUUUGUUUAGCAAUGUCCUCUGCCCUUAUCUAUCCCUGUUUCUUGGGAUGGGUUCUGCUGGUAUCACAGUUGUUCAGCAAAGCUGUCCCUUUUCCCAAUAUACAUUCAGUAAUUUCAAGGCUGGCCUCGACAAAUAGCAGUAUGGGCAGCUGCCUUGGGUUUCAGAAUUCAAGUGACACAGGGCUACUCUGCAAAGUUCUCCCUCGCCUUUAAAACUCAGAAACUUGGAUUAAGCCACAAUAUUCCCCUCCCUCAAAGGACAAUUAGCAGACAGUUUUUGUAUGUUUCAUAUGUCACAUUUAGAAAUAAUUAUUACAAUUUAAAUAGAGCUACAGUAUAUAUAGUUAAUGGGCAAGUUCAAGGUCCUAGCUGCUCUUUCUUACGGUUCUUUAAGUUGGCCAGCCAUUUAAAAUAAAAUAAAAUGGUAGCCAAGCAAGUUCCACAGAUGGAGGAGGAGGCCCACUAGAUGUUAUGUUUCCCAAAGCCCCCCCCAAAAAAAACCCCUGGAGCCUGCCCUGAAUAUACGGUAAGUUUUCCCCACUGACCUUUAUUUUACUUCUCCCCAAAUGAUGUCAGAGUACUAAACUGCAGCUUUCUGUGGGAUCUGAAAAGCUGAGAAACACAAACAUUUAUAACUUCAUGUUCCAGUUUAACCCGUGUAAACUGUGCUAAGCAACAGAUUUUAGCUGUUCCCCACAGAGCUACCAAUCUUGGCAGUCAAUUCAGCCAUCAGUAAAUGAGUCAUGGCAGUUGUACAAGGAAGGGGCUCCAUCUUGGUGCCAAAUUCUCUGUUUGGGGACUACAGGUGCAGGUGAGCACUUAUUCAUUUAUUAUUUAUUCAAAAAGCCCAUCUGAAGGAAGAAAAUGGAAGAAAGCUGUAUGUUGUAAAUAUAGAGCAUUACUGUUUCCAGCUUGGGCUGCUAUUCAGUUCAAAACUUUCAAAACAGAUGCUUAGAGCGCUACAAACUAAUUAAUAACUCAAGGGAAGCAGAGACGAGCAUUAUUUUUUUUAAUGAAUAUACAAUUCUAUAUAAUAACACAUAUUGUGUACUCAAUGCCAUCAUUUUAACAGAUGCAAUACAGAUGCAAUUUUUUAAUGAGUGACAUUUUAAUUUAUUUUUAAUCUUUGCUGGAAGCCUCCCAGAGUGGUUGGGGAAACUCAGCCAGAUGGGCGGGGUACAAAUAAUAAUAAUAAUAAUAAUAAUAAUAAUAAUAAUAAUAAUUAUGCAAGUCUUACUGAAGAUGCGCAGUUGUGCUAGUUAGCCUCACUCAUUUCACACACAUGCUGAAACUUUUUUGAUGCAACUAUUAAGACUUUUCCUGGGUGGGGUCAGACAUUUGUCAGGACUCUACCAUGAGCUUCCCUUGCCAACUGAUCAGUGAGUGCACAUAUAAGGGCUGGGGGUUUCCCAUACACACAAAAUUAAAAAGAAUUUUGUUGUUUUCUAUAAGCAAAUAUUUAACAAAUGUGUAAAAUAAGAGGUCUACUUAGAAGUAAGCUUGCUUUAGCUGUGGAAGCUCCUCCUAAUUUUAGCUGUUUUGAGACUGGAUUUGAUUAAGCAUUGAAAAUGGAAAACACUUAGUACAUUAUUAAGUGCAUUGCCAUUGUCAUCAUCAUGUUUACGUGUUUUUGGGCAAAAUGGGGAAAGCAGAAUAAUCAUCUCAGUUGCAAGGACCCCACAAGGACCUAGAGAUAGUGCAAAAAUGGCUGGAUGCAUCAUCUUCAUGAAAACUACAGCAACACUGAAAUUUCAGAUGUGGACACUUGUAACAAUUGUGUGUGAACAGUCAAUAUAUGUUUGAAUAUUCCCCUGGGUUCUUGUGCAGCUUGAUUCUCUCUUAAGAGAUGUGGGAGCAAACUAACCUUGUCCCCGUACUCACAGUGUCUGUAUUAAACAGGGCUGCUAUGAUAUCUUGAUCCAUCUACAGUUACCUGUGUUGAGAUCCUGUUGCUUUGGAAUAAGCCACAAGCUGGAAUAAGGCAAAACAUUUCCUGCAGCAAGUGCCUCUUAAGACUGUUUUCCAUUUAGUGAUGCCAACCAAAUUAUACGGGCCCUUUCUCUUGUGUUUAUCAUACAUGUGAUCUGAUUGACCUCUCGCUAGCCAGUUCCAGCCUUGGUGUGUUUGUUUGCUCUGGUCUGUGCUGGACUUUCACAAGAGCUGCUCAGUUCGCUUUUUUCAGCUUGUUUUUUAGGCUUUGUAUCUGAUUUCAGUUGCAGUUGCACAAUAAUUAAGCUACCAAGCUUGCUUAUGAACUAAGGAGUGACUGUUACAUUUCCUUCUUGUGCCUUCUCGUUGCUUUUUCACUGAGCUCUUUCAAUGUUGAGAUCUGAAGCAAUGGUUUCCUUUCCUGGCCUGUCUCAAAUCAAUCUCAGUUUCUCAUGGUACUUCACAAAUGCUGUUUUAUUUGCUUGAUCCAACAUGCAGACAUUAAACAGCAACAGAUAACAUAUUAAUAUGGCUCAUUAGACACAAAACACUCUUUUUUAAAAAAAAAUGUGUUGAAUUUAAUCCCUCUGAAGUGCCUCUUAUUGCUGCUUUUCUAGUUCAUGGGCGAGAUUCUUUUUUUAGAUGGAUAGUAGAGGAGAAUAAGUUUGCAAAAGCAAAAAAAUGCCAAAACUAAUGUAUGGCCAAAAAAGAUAGCUACAUUUUGCAUAGCAUUUGCUCAGAUGCAAAUUUAGAAAUAAUCACUAUAACUUAAACAGAAAUACACAGCAUUUGGGCAUCAUGGAGAAGAUGUGAAUGGACGACCUGAGUGCCUGUUCAGUUUGCUAUUCAGAUGCUAGUUGCUGAUAAGCAAGUUCAAGGCCCCUGCUAGUCUCCCAUGUUAGGCAUUUGAACCAGGCAGCCAUUCAGAUAGAGUCCUGUCCUUAGUAACAUAGGCCAUAUGGCCAUCCUAGAAGUAAUCCUACCUCCAAGAUGGCAGCAUCACUUUCUCAAGGAUAUAAGGAGCUGCCAUAUUGAAAUGCAUCUAUGUCUACUCAAAUCUACCACAAUGCAUGCUCUGGCAAGGCUUGCCUUAGCCCUGCUACAUGAGAUUUUAAACUGGGAUUGCCGGGAAGUAAACCUGGUGUUAGAAGCAUGAAAGUCAGAUCAACCACAGAUUUAGAAAGCACUACAUAAAAAUGUAGAGUUGUGAGUAGUUUUAAUACGUCUACAUCUCCAUUCUCUGUGGUCACCUAAACAGUAGGGCCAUUUAAAUUGUCAGUUACUGUGAGUGGUCAUAUUUGGAGGUUCCUCUUACCACUGCUUACCAGAACUGUAAUUCCCAGGACCUUUAACAAACUACAGUUCCCAGGAUUGGGUGGGAGAGGACAAGCCAUGACUGUUAAUGUGGUAUAAGAGCGCUUUAAAUGUAUAAUAUGGAUGUGAUAUAUGCUGUCCUGAUCUAUAACUGUAGAUAAUGUUACCUAUGGCUAAUUUAAACCAUCUUAAACUUAUGACUUAUUUAAACAAAUCAGCUUCAUAAAAUAUGGUUUGAGGUUGACUUGCUUGAAACUAACUAUAGUUAAAAUUAACCACAGUUUGCUUGCUAGUUCCAGAGAACACGACAAGCUUUUGUUAAGCAAAAUUGGAAUUAAAAGCUUCCAAACUGCUCCUUGUGACUGUACUGAAGGAAAGGGAAGCAGGGAGUGUGUGAAUCUUAAAGUUCACACCAGCACACAUUGACAUGGUCAUUAUCUUUUAAGGAGACACUUUCCCAAGUAGUACCUCACUCAGAAGUUGGAAUCCCCAAUGCAGUACUCAUCAUGGGUACCAGUGCGGCUGCCAGCACCUCCCAUUAUACCUCAGCAAAUAUCCCCUCAAAAAUCCAUAGUGUAUGAGAUACUAUUUCUGUCUCUUUCUUGGUUCUUGUUUACACUGGCUCAGCCUCUGCCACACUGAAUAUGCCUCCUUAAACAUGUCCACAUUUCACUGACUGCUCUCCCUUCAAUUCUGAACAGAGGAGGGGUACAAAGAGCUUUUCGUGAGUGAACAUUCUUCCAUGGGAGGGGGAUGACUGAUGGGGGAGCAUGCCCACACCAUUUUGUGGCCCUGCCUCUUUUUGCUGUUUUAGAUGUGGCAGUCAUUUUAUGUUGGCCCCGCCCCCAUGGCAGCCAUUUUGUGAUUGUCACCCAGGGCACUUCAACAAAAUUCCAAAUGUGUCCACUGGGCCAAAAUCCAUUGUCAACCCCUGUCUUAUCACACUCUUAUCACAUGGCAUCUUGUCAAAAAUAGUCAUGCAAAUUGCUUGAAGACCCUUUGACACAGAGCACUAAGCUGCUCACUCCUUGAGGCAUACAUUCCACAUUUCUGCUGAGGUGAUAAAACUGCUGCUUCAAUGGAGGUAGCCCAGCCUGUUUGAGUUUGUCCUUGACAUGCUUUUAAGAAAAUGAAAGCAUAGACAGAAUAAGGAAGGUCUUUGGAAUUCGUUUAUUGCCCAACAACUUCAAGCACCAGUGGCCUCAGUUCCCACAUCCAGCUGGGUGAUAUUAAGUAAAGCCAUUGGGUGGUGAGAGCAUGUGAGACUCAGAUCUAAGCAUUUGCAACAUUGUUGGAAAGGGAACAUUUAACUUGUUGCUUAUGUUGCCUCUGGGCUUUAUGGCUUUCCUUUUGAGGGUUAGCAGGAUAAUUAAGGCUGCCAAUCCUAUAUAUUCUUACCUAGGAAUUAGUCCCAUUGAACUCAUUGCUUCUAGGUUGGCACAGGAUUUCAAUAUUAAUUCUUUGUUUGAAAUGAGUUAAUGUCCCAGCAAUGAAAAAGUGAUGAAAAGUGUGUCAUCCUAUACAAUGGUAAAUAAAUGGACUUUGUGCCUAAGGAGCCAAAUAGCAUAUUAAAACAAAAGGGAACAUUAAUCCUCUUCUCCUAAAUUACAGUAUUCUUGAGGCUAGAGUAUUUGUUGUGGGCAUCUUGUUGUUCUGCACAAAAGGCUUAUUAUUCUGUUGUGUUUUGGAAACCUUAAUGGGUAUUAGUAAGUGAGUGUUCAGAGAAUUUUUUGGCAAUUUGUCUUAGCGAGAUUUGUGUGAAUUUAAAAAUAGCUUUUAAUAGCGUUUAAUGGCUACUGCAUUUCAUGAGUUUGAGCAGCAAGACAGCCUGACCCAAUCACUUAGUGCUCCAUCUCCCAGGUGGCAUAGUUGAAUGGAGCUUAUGAGGAAUGGCUUCAAAAACUGAACAAGCUGUUCCUAAAUACUCAAAAUGGACCACGGCCAUGUGCUUUUAAUAGACGCAUCCUGCAUAUGCAACCUAAAAAUGUCAGUUUCAACAUUUUUAAAUUUUUUUUAAUUGCUUCUUUUGUAUCUAUCAUACUGUGUGUCCUAAGUAUUUUCAAUUAUUUGUCCUUCCAAAUAAUUGGUUAGGUUAACCUUGAGUUAGGUUGCCAUUACUGACAUUUUGCGACUAGAAACUGAUGAAUGCUUGUUAAAGGCCACAGUGGGAAAUUAUGGAGAGGGAUCUAAAUCUAUAUUUGGGGCGAGGGGGGUCUAAGUUCUGCACUCUAUUCCAGGUCCACAAUGAUUUUCAAGUGUAUCGCAAUCCAAAAUCAGCCUAGCUGAAUGGAGCCUGGUGCCAGCAUCUCAUCAUUCAGCAUGAAAAAGGUUACAUUUUUGUGAGCAUUCAUUGUGGGUCGUUGCAGUUAGACUCAAAGGCACUUGCAUUAAGUGCUCGCUAUUUCCAUUUCCAGGCCCUUUUUUGAGUGCUGCUGCUGCUCCUGCCACCACUUGAAAGGUAAGAAAAGAGGAAGGUGGGGAAUGUUUCGAGGAACGGAUACUAGUGUGGACGAAUUUGGAGAACUGUAAGGAUAUGCGGGUGGCGCUGUGGGUUAAACCACAGAGCCUAGGACUUGCCAAUCAGAAGGUCGGCGGUUCGAAUCCCUGCAACGGGGUGAGCUCCCGUUGCUCGGUCCCUGCUCCUGCCAACCUAGCAGUUGGAAAGCAUGUCAAAGUGCAAGUAGAUAAAUAGGUACCGCUCCGGCGGGAAGGUAAACGGCAUUUCCGUGCGCUGGUCUGGUUCACCAGAAGCGGCUUAAUCAUGCUGGCCACAUGACCUGAAAGCUGUACUCUGGCUCCCUUGGCCAAUAAAGCGAGAUGAGCGCCGCAACCCCAGAGUCGGUCACGACUGGACCUAAUGGUCAGGGGUCCCUUUACCUUUACCUUUUAAGUAUUGGCAAGGAUUGCUGGAAGGAUCCAAUAAUUCAUUUCUGACAUGGAUUUUAAUUCAAGCCAGGAAACCUAUUUCAUGGUGAGCUUUUACCAGCCCUGAAAGUUCAUUUUCUUUAAAACAAAAAAGGGAAACAAGGGAAAAGCUGUGCAUGCCAGUGGCCAUCAAAAUACUGUGAGCUUGAUGCAUUGAAUGAAUGUUUGCCCACCCUGAGCCUAAACACUUAAGAAAUGGACUCUACACUAAUCAUGCAUGCGUACUAAAAGUACGGAACUGCCUUAUACUGUGUCAGUCUAAUGGUCCAUCUAGCUCAGUACUGUCUACACGGACUGGCAGCAUCUCUCCAGAGUUUCAUGCAGGAAUCUCUCCAAUCCCUAUCUGGAGAUGCUGGGGAUUGAAGCUGGAACCUUCUGCAUGCAAAGCAGAUGUUCUACUCUUGAGUUAUGGCCCUUCCCCAACCCUUCUCAUAAAUUUCUAUCAUUUCUCUGCUUGAUCAUUAACAACAACAACAACAACAACAAGAAAACACCUAAGCCCCAAAGAUCCAAAUUCUUAAGUCUCCCACAUAAGGAAGAUGUUCUGCUUCCUCUGUUUUAGUUGUUUUCUGCCCUCUGUUUCAAGUUGAGGCAUGAAUUUGCCUUGUGACCCUUUGCAAAAGAGGGGAAAAUCUGUGCAUGCAGCAUUAGCACAGUGAGCAUAAAGCCCUCCUUGUCUUUUGUGUCUUUUGUCUGAAGGCGACUGUGCACGUGACAAAAGCCACACAGAUCUUGAGCAAAUGUUUGAAGAGCUUCUUGCACAACAGAGCUGAGCAAACAUUCAGGCAUACCAUUUUUAACGCAGUGAGGGAACACAUGGCAGCAAAUGUGCUGGCACCAAGUACAUUAAAUGACGUUUGUACUGCAGAGAAUAAAUGGCACGAGAAUUUGGUUCCUGUGCCCGUUUCUGCAAGGAAGAGGUGCUGCGCAUUUUAGAUGUCAUUCAAAACUAACAGAAUAGUCCCAUUGUAGGACUGCAGUAACAAGCUGCAAUCCUCCAAGCCAUUCCUCUAAAACAGGUAUGGGGAACUUGUAGCCCUCCAGAUGUAGUUGAACUCCAACUCCCAUUAGCCCCAGACAGCCUGGCCAGUAGUCAAGAGUGAUGGGAGCAGGAGUCCAGCAUAAUCUGGAAGGCCACAGCUUCCCCAGCCUUGGUCUAAAAUUUGAGAGCCCAUGAUUAGUGGCUCGUAUUCUCAAACUGUCCCUAUUUUUUGCACGUGUCUCUGGUAAAACACUGCCACUUGCAUGUCCUUAUUUGCUCUUGGGAUGGGAAAUUCUUGGGAAUCUGGAUAUUUGUUUUGUAAGUGGACUCAAAUACACUGAAUGGAGAGGGACCAUAGCUAGGGGGUACAAAGUUCAUGUUUCAUAUAUGAAAAGUCCUAAAUUCACCCCUGUCCUGUCCAGUUAAACGGCUGCAGAACACUGGAGAGAUUCUGUCACUCAGGGCGUACAAAACGGGUUAAAUUAUUUGACCUUGCAGAAGCCAGUUUCCUGUUUCCCUGUGGUUGUUCGGGUUUCAGCUCCUACUACUGGCUCCUUGGAUGAUAAUUCUGUUUAGUGGAACCGGAGGCUUGUUGAUCUCAGUGCAUUUUCAUAUAAAUGUGCACUCACAAACAAUGUGGCAGAAAGUAUUGUGCAGCAUGACAUAUAUAUCACAUGUUGCCACUUACAAGGCUCAUUUAGGAUUAUUGCAAAUAAUGAGCAUGUAUCAGUCGCAAGGGCUGAAUGUGAUCCUCUAAACCCCUCUAUCCAACCCUUGGGAGUCUCCACAGCCAUGCCCCCUCUCUCAAACCUAGGGCUGCCAUACGUUCUGGAUUUUCCUGGACAUUACCAGAUUAGACAUCUGGGGAAAAUUUCCUGGGUCUUAGGCAAUUCAAUUUUGGGGUGUCCUGGUUUAUACUUUUUGAAAUAUGGCAACCCUACAAACCACUCCCUUCACCAUCCUUCCUUGCAUGCUUUUGUUAACCAGAAUGUGGCCUUGGAAUGUGGUUCUGCUUCUUGUUUGUCUAGAUGGAAGAGUUUGUUUUAUUUUAAAGCAUUUAUAAACGGCACAAGAUUUCAAAAAUCUCUAAGUGGCAUCCAGUUUAAAAAAAGCAAACAAUAUUUCAUUAAAACAUUAAAGCACAAUGUGAAAGCAGUAAAACACAAACUCACACCCAAAGCCCAUAUAAAAGGGGGAGGGAAGCAAAUCCAGAAGAUUCAAACAUGUAAAACAAAGUCCAAUCUUCUGGGUGUCAGGGAAAGACCCAGACAAAGAAACAAGUCUUUGUAAGAUGUCUGAAGUAACUGAUGGGUGCUGCUUUCACUAAAGGCACAGAAAAGACAUUCUACAGUACAGGGGCAAAAUGGCCAAUGAGACUCAGUAGGUUGUGGUGCUAUAAGGAGACCCCCCCCCCCCCAGAUUAUCUAAAUGAUUUUAUGGAUCUAUACAGGCACAUGUGAUCUUUCUUGUAACCCAAGUUGUUCAGGGCUUUAUAUGUUAACAACAAGACCAGUAGCUGAUUUUAUAUAUGUGAAGAAUUUAAAUUUUAAAAAAUCCUCUAAUAUUGUGCACCAAAGAGCUUUAAAUCAUAGGCAAUUUAAUGUGAAAGGGUUUAAAAUUGCAGUCUGCAAAAUCAUGAGACAGGCUGUCCUAUGGAGGCAAAAAGCAUUGCUAAAGAGAGGUUCAAGUAGAAGUAGGAAAAAGGGCAAAGGGAAAUCUUGGAACAACAACAAAGGAAACAGGAAGGGGACACAAAUGUGAAGUGAUUUCAGAAACAAAGGCUUGCAAAGACUGUUCACACUGAAGAAAUUUUUGACUGAAAUGCUAAAGUACACAGUAUAGAACAAAAGCUGUGUUGAGGCUGUUCCCGCUUUAAGCUGCCCCACCAGUAAAACCAAGUCCAUGGAGUAGCUUACCACAUUAAGUGCACCAUCUAUGCCAUCAAAAUUUUAUGUAUUUAUUUAUAUUCAUUUGAAAUAUUCCUGUCCCAUCUUUCUUAAAGGAAGGAAAUCUGAAGCAGCUUAAAAUAUUGUAUUUAAUUACUUAAGUGGGGAAAAUAUUUAGCAGCAGUUUGAGGCUUGCUUCUGCCUUCUGAACCAUUUGAUUUAUUUUAGUUCUCUGGAAAGUUUAUGCUUGCUAUUUUGUGUCAGAUGGCACAUCAAGCCAGAAUUUUUGUUUUAAAAAAGAAUGGAGUGGGAGUAUUGCACAAGGGAUAAGGGGGGGGGCAUGUUUUGGAGUAUAAAGUUUCUUAACCUUUUCCCCUUUAGGCUUUUGAACGUUCCCUCCAUAUCAUAACAAACCUUCUUCUCUUCUAUAAGACAUGUCUAAUGUGGCACUGGCCUGGAAUCUACCACAAGGAAGUGCCAAAUAUGUGAAACUGAUGAUUGCCGUGCUGUUUUCCUCAUGUUCUUUGCUGCUGAAUCAAUUCAGUGCCAGCUGUUGUUGUUCCAAAAGAGUAGAACUGUUAGUGUGUUGUGGCAAACCCCCCCAACAAAUUCUGUGACAUCUUAAAGCAAAGGUGAGGAACCCUCUACCCUCCAAAUGUUGCUGGAUGACAAUUCCACUGUCCCUGAAAUAUACUCGGAGUCGAGUGUGAAUUUCAUGCUCCUUAUUCAGCUUGUAGUAGCAAUGAAUGAAACUUUCCCCAAAACAUCUAGCUAUAUAUACAUUAUUUAUACAAUGGGCCCCGCAUGAUUGGCUAAUUCUGGGCUGCUCCUGUAGGCCAAUCAGAUUGCGGAUUCCUUCCUCCAGAAGCCUGAUUGGCUGCUCCUGCAAGCCAAUCAGGUUGUUGAUUCACUUCAUCCAGGAACCUGAUUGGCUGCUCCUGCAGGCCAAUCAGGUCGCUGAUUGACUUCCACCUGGAGCUGGAUUGGGUGGCUCCUGCGGACCAAUCAGACUGCUGCAUCCUGGAUCCUAUUGUUCUGGAGAGCCUUGCCUUAAGACGUUUGUUGUGGCAUGAACUUCCAAGGCAAAGGUAUUGGAGGUGAGCUUCAUGCAUCUGUUGGAAGUGGGUUUUUGCGUAAGAAAGAUCAUGCUACAGUUCAUCUUUUAGUCCCUAAGGGGCCAUGAGGAUUUUUACAGUGCAAACCUAUACAUGUCUACACCAUUGCGUUUAAUGGGUCUUAUUCCCUGAGUAUAGGAUUGCAACCUUAGUUGCAAGCAAUACGUGAGGUCAAUCAGCUGAAUUCGAGGUGUGCAUUCCCUACUUAAGCAGUUGUCAGUGUGGUGUCUGUGGGCACACACAUGCCCUUAUAUGUCCUCCUUGGUGCCCCAAGUGACACAACAAUAACAACAACAUGCAACACAUUGUGCUAAGGUCAUGGGCAACUAAUGGAUGUGCUUUAGAUUUAUAGCAUGCCUCAGCCAAAAAGAACCUCCCUCCUAUCCCCAUAGCCAAAUAAUGUCAAAUUAAGCAUUCACUGUGAUGCCUCAUGCUUUCCUGACUUAUGUUUGAGCCACAAAGGCCAGCUCAAAGAGAUGCUACUGAAAGGCACUUGGGCUUGACUUUCAUGUGUGUAUGAAACUCAGGGAUCAAGCACUGAGGGCUGUGUUCCCUCGUGGGCAAUCUUCAGGAACCACAUGUCAGUGGUGGGUGAGGAAACAGAUGUGGCUCUGAUAUUUUCACAGCAAGCUGCACUCCAGCCAUGCAGAAGCGAGAGGUUUCUACAUGAGUAUCUGUCUAUCCAGGCAAGAUAGAAGUAUUAUCAUAGUUCAAUGAUAUCUUCCAACCAAGCAAAAAUAAGGAAACACCGGAGCAGGACCGGCGUGGGAUAUAGUCUGGUAGUUGGGGUGUGAUGUGGUCUGGAGAGAGCACUGAGGGCCAAAUAGAAAGGUCUGGAGGGCUGCCUUAGGCCCCUGGGACUAAGGUUAUCCACUCUUGGUGUACGGAAUAGCCGCAUAAGGUGUUGACCUUCUUGUUAAUUCAGUUGUUAAUUGUGAUAACACAUUUGGGAGAUUCGUGGUGUAAGAAGAGGUUGCAUCCUGCCAUUUACUACCCAACAGAGCCAGAUCCUGAAAGUUAAAAGAAAACCCAGUAGAUAUAAAAUCCUCAAAUGCUGGGAAAAUAGAAACAAAGACAUAUCAGUCAUGAGCAGAGACUUGAGGCUGCUGGCGGUGCAGGGAGAGAAGGACCUUGUUAAGUAAGAGACAACUCUGGAAUGAUUGGACAGGCUUCAGCAGGUCCUGGCUUCACAUCAUAUCACACCAUGCUCCAGCUCCAGACAGUAUGGAACCACUUGGGCAUUUGACAUCCACUCUCCUGGAAUGCAGACUAAGUCGAUUAGGUAGUUGAGCUGAUUUAGAGAAGCUUCUGUUUUAAAUACAAAACCUGAAGCCUACUAAGUACUUCAGCUGUUUUCAGAAUACAUAUGGUAGAGGAGGACGCUGGGCAGUCACCAGGAAUUCCUCUUUGCAUCCUAUAAUUCUGAAUCCGUUCAUAAGAGUGACAUCUAUUGUCAUAACCUAUUAUUACAUUAUGCCCAAAUACUUGUCCUUUAAGCCAGACAGUUCAAACGAAAAUGGAGGUGGUGGUGGUAGGAAUUCAUCUGCUUUUCUACCUCGAAAAAAAGCCUCACAGUCUGAUGGGAGUUAGUGUGCAGUCUCCCUGUGCUACAUGAUUCCCUAUGAAGGGGAAGGGGAAUGCCAGCCCAUAAGGCCAAAUCGGAAUGAUAACUCUUUGUGCCAAUGCCGUUUGGGCACCAAAGUGGAAGCCUGAAGGGGAAGAGUGUCCCUGAGAAAUACUUAAAUAUUUCUGCUGUGGGAUGGAGUCCUCCUGAAACCUUUGGCCUGGUGGGAUUGGAAGCAGUGGAAUCAAUUUCUAAAAAACCACACCAUUUGGGUAUGGCUAAGGUUUUAAAAGUGUGUAUGUGUGUAUGUAGAAGUCUAAUGUUAAAGGACCCGAGAUGAUGAUGAUGAUGAUGAUAAUGUUGUAAUGUAUGAAAACUAUUAUUAUUAUUAAUUCAUAGCUUUUAAUAAAAUGUCUCAAACUGGCUUACAAAAUAUGGCAGUAGGCAAAUUACUAUGAAGGAGGAAAUUUUUUUCACUAGGUAGGAAUGGGUGCUUGAGCCUCUGAACAGAAGGUUUGGCUCAGAAAACAAUACUCUGUGAACUCUUGUCCUAAUUUCUAUAUACAUAAAACUAAAAUGGCUUGAGGAAAUCGGUGUGGUGUGUAGAGUGUUUGUCAAAGAAUUCACAUCCUUUCAUUUCAUUUUUGUUUCCUUGUAUUGUGGUAUCACAGCUCUAUGUCUUUACUCAUUAACUGCUAACAUUAAAAGUGUUGUUUUAACACUGACCUUGACUUUAACACGGUUGGUGCUUUUUCUACAAAGGUUAGGAAUUUGCAGUGGCAUCUAGCGAGCUGGAAAACAAUCAGACCUGAAAGUUUUUUGUGGUUUUUUUUACAUCACUCCCCCUGAAACAAUACACGGAGACAAUAUUUUCCUUUGCUCUCUCUGUCACGCACCAUUUUGAUUUCCAAGGGCACAUGUGCAUUUGCACAACUUUGUUCUUGAAUUUUGUAAAACUCAGUUUAAAUUAAAGAGAGAGAAAAUAUUAGAUAGGAAUAUAGGGAGCUGCUUUAGUGCUUUAUACCAGGGCAGACAUUUUGAUCACCGGGCACAGUAAUGUCUAAAUGCUCUGCAAAUAGUCCUGCCCUCCACCCCAAACCAAACAAACAGGUACGGGGGAGGGAGCAGGAUGGGCUUCACAGUGAAACACGUGAGAAGUGAUCUUGGAACUGCAGUUUAUCCCAAGCCAGCAGUGUAGUGCGGCUACAAAAAAGGCCAAAUGCCAUUCCAAGCUGCAUCAAUAGAACCAGAGUUUCCAAGUUCAUGAGAAGUAAUAGUUCCACUUUAUUCUGCACUAUUCAGACCACAGCCUGAGCAUUAUGCUCAGUUCUAGGAAUGACACUUUCAGAAGGAUGCAAUCUGGAAUGGUUAAGUUUAUUAAUGAUUAAGAGACUAGGGAAUAAGAAGGCUUACUCUGUUUUAUUUCCCCUUGUUUGCUUCAUUGUUUCUGAGACCUGCCCUUCUGCAAUUUCUUUUUUUUCUGUGCAAAGUCCAGAUCUGUGAUUUAAUUGGCGGGAGUGGAUUCUGCUCACAGUCUGCAGGUACCUCCUAAUAAUAGCGCUAGGCAGACAUCAGCCUAGACGUGUCCAAGAUCAGUUUUUAAUCUGAAUUUUAUUACUAAUGACUAAUGGGGAGAAAAAGUGUGAUUGGAUUUUUGGCUCAUUUCUAAUUGCUGGCUGACUCAACAGAAUUUUUACCAGUUCUCUCUCUCUUGUAACUUCUUUAUUAUCUGUGGAAGAUACACCACCAGCACCAUCAACACAUAGUUCCUGACCUUUGCAACAGUUCUGAAACCAACAGGCACAUUUUGCACAUAUUAGCUGUAAUUUAUUGAUGUCCAUGGGAGGUAAGAGCAACAUUUAUUUUCCGAGUCAAAUUGUGGCUUAAGAAAAGCAUUACAGAAAGUUGAUAAGACUCUUCCUCUUGAUGGAAAUAUUUAUGCACACAUCCUUAUUGCACUUGUAGGUGAACCAGGGAAAUCCCUCCAUAUGGAACUGCACUAUCAAAACCAACCAACCAACCAACCAAUACCCCUGCUUUAUCAGUUAGAUUUUGUACUAGAACCAUAGAAUUGUAGAGCUGGAAGGGACCACAAGGAGCAUCUAGUCCAACCUCCUGCAAUGCUAUGCUAAGAGUGCAAUCCUGCACUUAUUUAUUUGCAAGCCAAUCCCAUUGAACUCAAUGAGGCUCACUUCUGAGUAGACAUGUAUAGAAUGGCACUGUUAGUGUCAUACAAAGUGCAUAUCUUCUGCCUGGAAAUGUUUAUGUCCUGGGCAGACAAGCCUGCCCAGAUGGUUAGAAAGUUGAUGCAAAUCUUAAUAUGCUUUCAGUCCAUUUUUGUUCUAACUUUUUGAACGUCUUAAAUUAUUGUUGUUAAUUUUUCUUUGUGGUAAUUUUAUUGUUUUCUCUUUUUUUGUAAACCACUCUAAGGGAUUUUUUAAACAACCAAGCAGUGUAUAAUUUUUUUUGUGUGUGUGUGUGUGUGUAAAACACCUCAUCAUACAGAUCAUUUUCUUGAUAUAUUUUUUCUUUAGUUAUAACAGGUUAUAAACCCUGUUGUUCAAAUGGAUACUGCAUUUUGAGGCUGAUCUUAUUAAUGGCUGGGUUGGGACAUUAAUAAUAGAAUAAAGAUUGCAGCAAAAAGGAAAGGGACCCAAAGCCACACAGGAGUUAGCAAAAGAACAUAAGGAAGAAUCAUUCUGGAUUGGUCAUGAUUGAAGAGUCAGGGCAGAGAGGCUUGGACAUAAGGGAUGGACAAUGGAAGAAGGUGGAACAUGAGAGAACAAGAGUAGGAUGAACUGAAAUCCCUUAAAGUACCUUUUUCCAUUGCCCAGGCAAAAGCCAAUGUUAGGCUCAUGCUGCAUUUGCCCAGAGACAUAUUACUGGUAGUCUGUCAGUACCACUGAAGUGGAAGUCUCUCAGCUAGGUAGGCAUUUCUGGUAAAACCUAGUUCUGUGCAGCUUAUGAGGCUGUGUUCCAGAAUUGGCUGUUGAGAUGGCCAGUCCCCGGCAUAAAUCCCCCAUCAUAUUCCAGGAAAUGGAAAUAUUAUUACUGCAAGCAGUUAUCCUUUGUACAUACAUAAAGCAGAAAAAGACACUUGGAGGCAUGUAGGAAAAGUUUAUAGUCUUUACUCUUAUUUCAUUUUAAUGGAUUAUAUGCAAAGUGGCAUACUGCUUUUGAUGCCGAAGCAGUUCUCUUUCAUUGCCUAUAGGUAAGCCAUCCUAAGGGGCUAAGCAUAGCUGCAAAGGGAAUUUGGUUCAAGAAAAUAGCACAAGAGAAAGGGCAAUCCUUCCCUCCCCCUGAGCUGCUCCUCCAAUCAAAUACAGAGCCUUCUACAGUGGCUUCAAAGUAAAAGCAAACCUUUGGGGAGAUCCAGUCAUACAGUUUGGCUCUAAACAAGUCUAUUCUCUUUAUCCUUUUAGUAGAAAAUGUCUUAUUUUUGCUGCAUUUUCCUGUCCGUUUCCCACAGCUCUUUACAAAAUAGCAGGAAAUGACUAUUGUUUUGAGGCUAGUUUGGUUUAUUUUUAAAUGUUGGAUGCCAAAGGUUGUUUCUUCUUCUUCUUCUUCUUCUUCUUCUUCUUCUUCUUCUUCUUCUUCUUCCCAAAUUCAUUUGCAAAAGAAAUCCAGCUGUUAGGUUACAAGGAGAAGGCACUUUUCAGCUUUAGGGCUUCACUACAUCUAGGAAAUACAAAAGAGGAGUUGUCACAGGGACAAAUCCAAAGGGCUAAUGAUGCUGCAAUGUGCAUCUAAGGGCUAAUCCAGAUUUCUGCUUGUGCUGCUGCUUCCUCCUGGGAAAGCCUGCUCUUUAAUGCUGAAUCAGAGCAGAGCAUACUGUACGUUAGUCAGGUUUUUCACAGAUUUACAUUUGCUCUGAUUUAGCACUAAAGAGCAGGUUUUGCCUUGGAAAGUGACCGGACAAGGGGAAAACCACUAGGACCUGUGCUUUCUAGCCAUAAUACAACACAUAUGUACAAGCAAAAUGCCAUGACCAGUUCUAUUGAGUGCAUAAAUGAAAUGAAAUACUUACCAAUUCAUGUGAUGUGGGAACAGUGCAACAACAAGUUUGAGUGACUUCCACUCCUUUUCCACAUUUCCAGGGUAAAGUGAGAAGGGGCAUCCCUUUAUCACAGGUAUAUUAUUAUUAAUUUUUAUUGUUAUUAUCAUCUGGUGAACCUAUGGCUCUUCAGAUGUCUCCGAACUACCAUCAGCCCCAACCAGCAUGACCAGUGGUUGAGGAUUAUGUAAGUUGGAGUGCAACAAUGUCUGGAGGAGCACACGUUCCCCAUCCGUGCUCUAUGGAUACUCAAUGUGGAAUCAGCUCAUACAUCUCUCCCCCACCCACCUCCAUUCUGCUUUGCAGAAUUUCCUGGAUGUGAAGUUCUUCCCAUCUGCACUUUCCCAUCUCAUGUCAAACUAUCUGAAGUGACAGUAUAAGUAUAUAUGAAAAUCUAUGUAUUUGGGGCUGAUGGAAUGUAAUAGUGAAGAGCUAUGAGUCAAAGGAAUCCCUCAUCCACAUCUCAUUUCAGCUCAGCUAUAAAUUUUAGGCAGGACACCAUCAGUACUUUUACCUCCAUAUUGCAGAAGGGGACAGGAAGCUAAGGGGUAGAAGAAAAAGCCUAAUGCAUUUCAGACCUCUCAGGUCCUCCUUCAGGGAAUUCUACAGAUAAAAUUAUUUGUAUGCAAUUUUGUUUGGGAAUUCUGAGAACUGCAUGUACUACCUUUGUAUAUCAUAACAGAUUUAAAAAGAACAAUGAAAGAAUAAUUGUAACCAAUACAAAUGGAAAACGUGCCUAAAGUGUUUGCGGUUAUAUAUUAAUAUGGUGAAAGCAGUAUAUCUACAAUGACAAACAUUGAUUACUUAAACACAGCAGUUCAAUCUUUCUUUGUUGUAGGCUCCUCUUUCCUUCUACUGAAUAAUAAUGCUGGCUUAUUUCACACUAUUUUUAAACAGAUUGCUGAGAUAAUGUCCAAGAGCUGCCAUUUCAGUACUACAUUGUUAUUUAAAACAUAGCUUUAUUUCAAACUCACAAUCUGAUUUUUUGUUGAACUAAGAAACAUUUUUUUUCCAGCAAAAAUGCACUGUUGUAACUAAGUAUGAAAUGUAGCAAUAAACCACUAGUACCAAAAAGUGAACCCAGGGGCUAUGGCAGCUGGGAGGGAUAUUGUAGGGUUGGGAAAGGUCCAGAAGAGGGUAACAAAAAUGCUCAAGGGCACAGAGACUCCCUUAUGAGGAACAACUGCCUCCAUGGAUGGCAGCAGUAAUGUUUCUGAAUACCAGUUCCUGAAAACCACAGUGGAGAGUGUGCUCUCGCACUUAGCUACUGGUUGUGAGUUUCCUGCAGGCAUCUGGCUGGCCACUGUGAGAACAAGAUGCUGGAUGAGAUGGGUCCCUGGCCUGACCCAGCAGGCUCUUCUUAUGUCCAUCAAUUAAUCUUAGAGGUUAUGGAGGUAGCAGCUCUUGAAAGGUGCUACCAAAAUCCUUUUACAUACGUUGCAUAUUUUCAACCGUAACGCUAGAGCCAUUUAAAACAAACAGACAAACAAACAAACAAACAAACAAAAACCGUAGCUGUAAGCUUCUCUUUUGGUUUCACUGCAGUUCUAUACAAAAUCCCAUAUAUGUGGCGAGUUCCGAUGUGUGGCGAGUUACUACCAGGUUCGGUAAGCCUCCUAACAGAUUAGCCCACGUUAUCUUUAUGAUUGCGUGCCACAAGCAGUGAAUAGGAUGGAGAGGGAGAGGGAGAGAGAGAAUGAUUUUGAACUACUGAGCUGUGGAUCAGACAAGGAACCCAGCCAAGUGAAACAGACGAAUAGUAGCUCUAGGCAUUGUCAUGCCAAGUACCUAGGCUGCUUUGCAGGCAGCUUUGGAGAGGGUUUUUUUUUAAAAAAAACAGAAGUGGGAGGGGGGAAGGCGGAUAGUCUUCUUUCUGUCUUAGCCAAGCAGAGAAGCCAAUCAAAGGCUGUUCUUCGUGGUCUGCCUCCUUUGUUUCCACAGGAGGUCCCGCCUUCUACCUUUGUCCCCCGUCCCCCGCUUGCUGCAGUUCUGCUUAACGUAAAACAAUGGGUAUGCAAUGAUAACAGGCACUUGUUCCAAGGUCGUCUUGUUUAUCAGGAUUAACUGUUACACCAGUAAACAAAGCAGGGUGUGUAAGGGCUUUCUCCCUCCUGCUGGUCUGCCUGGUCUUUGUGGUUCCGGAUUCCAGAUGGCACUGUGUACGUACACACAGAGAGAGAAAGACAGACUCACUCACUCUCUCACACACACACAUUUUAGAGUGUUGUCCUGGCCGGGUUACUUCCACCCCACCCCAUUGUUUGGAAAUGGCUUUGAUGCAGAGCUCUCCCCACCCAGCCCCCUUUCAAAAUAAUGAAAUGCAGUGGCAGCUGGCUAAUGGCUGGGAAAGUGCAGACCUGGCACUGAACUCUUCCCAUUAGACUAUUCAGCACCAAGGCAGUGUCAGUCUCAAGGAGAGGGCAAAGAAAAGAGGCUGGUUGCCACGCACCUUUUGGACAGGCUGAUGUAGGUGGGGUUUUAUUUUGGUGCUGAAUGGAGGUGGGGUGGUAGAGGCAGUGGGAAAGUGGAUUCAUCACGGUUUACUGUCUUCACUUUCCAAGAAUAAGCAAGUUCAGAGCAGUUAUAUAUAUAUAUAUUAAAAAGUUAGGCUGGCUUUAAAACUAUGGCUUGUUCAAAAAAUUCAAGGCCUUGUGAAUUUCCUCUCUUUCUUCACAGAUGUCAGCUGUCCUUACCUAGAAUGCAGGAGGUUUUUACUCUGUGCAUUAAGAAUAACAGAUACUUUAUUUUGAUACUGCAAGCUCAUAUAGAAUAUAUAUCUAUGUGGUGUGCAGAAUUGCAGUUGAAACCAAAACAGCGUAGCAAAUAAAAUCAAGCAGAACACGUCAAUGAAACAGAAAUACAAAAAACAGGUCAUACAGCAUGUAAGUUAUAAAAACUAUAAACUGUUUUCAUAGGAAGGUUGGUUGAAGGAACCAAGUAUUAAGUAGCUGCACCGCCAUGUUGUGCUAAAUUUCAUUAGCUCUAGUGGAUGUUUGCACAAAAAUGGUGGGAAAGAACUGUAUGCCGAAAUACCACCCCAAAUUUCAUGAUGUGGGCAGCAGGGGUGUGGUCCAUGAAAACUGUAUAGAAUUUACUCUCACAACCCCCUGGGUUAUCACACACACACAUUUUUGGAAGCAUUUAACAUGGUAUACUUCUUCUAGAAUUCAUUAGAUUUUCUGCUAAUGCCUCCAUAUAGUGGAACACUCUUCCCUCUUGCAUACAUAAAAGAGCAACCAAGAAUUGUUUCAGAUGUUUUGUAAACUCUUCUCCUUUUGCCCAUGCUUUCCCCAAUUCAUAAGACCAGACAUUGUUUUCUGCAUUUGGAUCCCCUUAAUUUCUCUGUUAUUUGUUUUUGUGUUUUUAUAUUGCUGUUUUAUUGGUUAUCUGUUGUAUGUUUAUUGAAAUUAUUGUUGUUUUAAUAUUGUAUACUUUUUAGAGCUUUUUUUGGAAAAUUCAGCAGCCUGUACAUGCAUUAAAACACAUUAAUAAAAUUAUGGGAAUUUGGUUCCAGUUCAUUGCUUAUGGGGGUAUGCCAGAUUCAUACAUCAUAAAGCUGUCCAAAUAUUGAUUGCUUUGUGUUUAUUGAUCACUGACAAUUUCAUAAUAAUUCCUGUUGCUUCAGACGACCACAUCUUUUUUUCCAUUUCCUCCGAUUUAAUUUUUGUGUGAAUGUUAUCAGAUCUAUCUACUUGGUAAUAACUCAGGAGUUAGUUCCCCCUUUCUUUUAAAAUUGUUACUGUUUCAUUGUGUGGAUAACAUUUUAUCCUUUAUGAGAAUUAAUAUGUUGUCUUAUGACAGCUUUGUAUUUUUUUAAAAAUGCAACCCUUGCUGAAACUAUACCAAAUAAAAAAGGGGGGUAUAAUCUAUGGAGCUUGAAUUCUAGAUUGCAUUAUCUGCACAUUAAAAGUGUACAAUUUAUACAGCAGUUGAGGCAACCUUUACAAUGAACACAGUUUACAAAUAUACAUGCAUAUACAAUUCUAGAAAACUUUCUAGACUUAAUACUCAGACCCAUUAAUGCUACUCUUACUGGUACUUUGUUGUGUUCUAGUAGAGGUGAGUUGCAGGAAUUUUAGCCUUUAGGACUUAUUUAAAACACUUUUACAUAAAAUGCCUCAAACACAAAAGAAGCUGAAAUGUGACCUUUUUCUAAAUUGCAUUAAAUUUAAGUAAUUUUCUCCCCUAUAAUUUCAAACUGUCUACUUCCAGCUGAAUGAGAAGCAAAAUCCAAGCAUGUAUUAAAUAACUUCCUCUCUGCCUCAAUAGGGAACAUUUGAAGAUGGGCUGGUGAUCACAUUUUUAGACCUUUGUGCUGUAAAUGUCAUGAACUGGCAGAACAAUGGGAAGGAGGAAAAGGAGGAAUAGGAUCCCGGCGAGGGGUGUAGCCAGGACUGGGACAAACUGGGGCAAGCUGGGGAUGGGGAAGGACAGGUUGGUGUAGGAAGUGCUCACAGGAUGACAGAGGAGUAGGAGGUCAGUGUACAGGAACCAGAGUAGCAAGACCCAUCACCAGAGCCAGAGGGGCCCCUAUCUCCAUGAACAUGGCAGGCUCUGAGGCAUAAGCAGCAAUGGAUAGUACACUCUAGGAGGCUGAGGCAGGCAAGGGCAGACAGCCCAGCUCCCUAGCUGGCCAGGUGGGGCUCGCUACCUCUGGGAAAAGGGGUAUGAUUUCUCAGCUGGAGUAGGCAGAACAGGUGAGGGCCAUUUGCCUCAUUGAGGCCAGGUGCUGCAAUCAGCCUGCAAAGUACAAAAGGGAAGCUAUGUGGGCUCAACUGCCCUUUUGAUGGAUCUUGACUUGGAUGCUGUUGGACCUCAGGUUUAACUCUGGACUGCUGGAGUUCAGACUUGGCUACUUGGAUGGACUGUAUUCCUGGCCUUUGAACUUUUGGACUUUGCUUGUGUGGAUUGAUUCUGGGACCUUAAACUAUGGACUUGGCAUACUGACUUCCUGCCAGGUAGGCCAGGGGUUCAGAACAGUGAAGGCUUCUGCUGAUCAGAGCCAGGGAUACAAUAGGCUCACUUAUUUGUAAGGGUUGUAUUCCCCAAUCCUGGAUUUUUAGAGGAAAAUUGAGUGCCCUUCCAUUUUUAUUUUGACCGUAAUAAAUAUUACACGUUUUACAGCCAAAGAUAAUUCAGUUUGCAUUGCUGCCCAUAAAACAUGCAACAUUCUACCAUAAAAUGGGUAGUUACUAUGCUCUCUUAGUGCAUAAAUGUUUGCAUGAUAAGAGUUUGUAUAAGGUAUUUCAACAUAGUCCUUUGAAUGAAAGUAAGCAAUAGGAUUACAUCAAAGUCCGUAGUUUAAGGAUGGAUUUAACAGCUUGAGCCCAAGAUUUGCUGUGCUAGCAUGUAAUUGUUUAUGGUGGGACAUAAAACCAUUGCACCAGCAGGCAUAACAUAACUUAAUGCCAGUGCUGGCAGCAUAGGUAAAUUCAUUGGUGUAAAUGUUUGUAGUCACUGUGCUGAGAUGCUUUGUCUAUCCAAAGCUUCUCAGUUUCAUUGACCGUGAAGUAUAUUGUUAUAGGUUUGUGGGUGCCAGUCUCGCUUAAAUUCCUGGGUCCAGUAGGUGUUUGAAUUUAAUCAAAGCUUGAGGAGUUAAACUGGAUCCCAGAUUCCUAAUCCCUGGAGCCAGUUUCCCAUGUUCCAGAGAUCACCUGGGUGAUGGACCAUUAAGAGAACAAAGUAAAGGUGGCAAGCCAUUAAGAAAGCAAAGGCUCUGUGACAGACAGCAAAUGGGUGGUGCCCCUUCCUCAACUCAGAGUUUUAAAUAUUUUAAUAUGGACUUUUAUUCACAUUAUUUGGCUGGGAAACUGCACUACAAAAUUUAGAGGAUUGCAAAGUCUGGAUCAUGGAUAUGUUUUGGGUCCUGUAUUGCUUUGGAGAAUGUGAGCUAGGCAAAUUCUCUUUUACAUGAGAAAUGAAUAAAAUGUCUUCCCCAUCCCUAGUUAAGAGGCUGGGGUGCUACUUUCUUCCAAUGAUUCUGUCAGCACAACCCAACAGAACAAUUUCUCCUCUCCUCCCCACUGCCAUCAUUCUGAGUGUUCUCCAAAUCCCAUUGUGCUAGUGGUGCUCACUGUACUCAGAGGCGGAGCAACCUGCUCCAGUACCCGGAGCGGCGCUCGUCCGAGGGGGCAUGGCUCAUGUCCAAGGGGGCGUGGCGUGCAUCCUGAGAGGUGCACGGUGAGCACCCAAGGAGGUGCCGCUGAUCACUGUUCACCCCUCCUUUGGAAUGGCACCUGGGGUGGACUGCCCUCCCCUGCCUCCGCCUCGGAACGCCCCUGACUGUACUGCCUCCAGCUAGCACACCUACACAGGCCUUGAUUGGUCCAUGCCAUAAUGAGGCCUAUUCAUGUGGUAAAUCUGAGAGAGAGCGAGAGUGCAACUGCAAAAUUCACCAUGAUGAGAAUGCUUUUUAAGCAUCAACCUUGUGGCAAGUGGCUCUGUCAGGAAGCCAUAACUUAACACCGCUAGUGAUAUUUUCAUUUUCUCAAUGAGAAAACAGAGGUACCUUUUUGGAGACUUUCGUAUGUGUGUGUUGAUUUUAUUGUUCGUUUCUACCCUGGGACUGUUGGUUGAAGGGUGGACUAUGAAUGCUUUUAAUAAACAAAGAAGUAUGGUGUACACAUGGCUCUGUGACUAUAAUAGUCAUUGACAAUAGUUUGAGAAACAGCCAUUGCCACAAAGCAGUCUCACUAAAGCUCUUUAAUGACCUUCCUGUCACAUCUGAUUGGCUGUCUAGGGAGUGAAGUGUCACUUGAAACUUUGUCUGCCAGGAAAAUUUAAAGGUGGCUUGGAAAGCAGAUACUAUAUUUGAGCCUUAAAACAGAAAGUGAAUAGGCUUAACCUACUGAUUUAGGCAUCUUGUGCCCUGAUUUAAUAAAAACCUGUUUUCUAGAUGAUGCUAUACACAAAAAGAAGUAUAAAUAUCCAGUUGGUUACCAUUAGAUUUCAUUUCUAAAUGAUGCCAAAGAAAGAUGUAUUUUAAGGAGCCCCCAAUAACCAGGAAGAAGAACUGUUAGGAGGCUUGGGGGAGGAGGUACUGGGUCACAAACAUUGUUUGCACCUGACGACAUAGACCAUGAGACUCACAUUCCAUACCUAAUACUUCUGUUUUUCUGAAUAUUAAAAUGCUGCAAAAGACCCAAUGGAACAGUCUAAAAUUGCAUAUUUCAGUCUUGUUCCUUUCCCCUUAGAGAAUUUGGGCUUUGGAUCCAGGUGCACAAAAGGAUGGAAAUGUAAACUUCCAGGAAGUGUUAUCUGAAGGCCUCCAGGCAGGAUUGUUCAACUGUCCAGACACUGAUUGAUAUCAAUAAUUUCUUUUUUUUUUAAUAAAUAUUUAUUAAAAGUUUAACAAUUACAGAAAAGGAGGGGGGGAAAGAAAACAGUAAAAAAUUACAUCAAAAGAAAAUAAAAACCAGAUUAGAAAGGAAACAAUGCAAUACAACAAUAAAAACAACAACCCCCCCAAAAAACAUUUAAAAACAAGAUACAUUUAAAAACACACCCAAUAUUCCUUAUCUUUACCUUUCAUUUGCCUGUUUCAUCGACCUCCUCACACCUCCCUUUUUGUAUUCUAGUUCAGUUAACUAUUUCAGCAAAUUCUUUCCAUCUUUCUCAAUUUUUGUUCUGUAAUUUAUCUUAACGGUCUAACCUUUAAUUUUUCCAUUUUUACCCAUUAUCAACUUUUACUUAAAUCUUUAUUACAUUUCUGUUAAAACCAUAUAGCUUCAUUCCAACAUCCUUCUAACAUUCAUUAAUUUUGCAAUGUUUUUGUAAAUAUACUUUGAAUUUUUUCCAAUCUUCUUCCACCAACUCUUCUCCCUGGUCUCGGAUUCUGCCAGUCAUUUCUGCCAGUUCCAUGUAGUCCAUCAGCUUCAUCUGCCAUUCUUCCCUGGUAGGUAGAUCGUGUCUUCCAGUGCUUUGCAAUGAGUAUUCUUGCUGCUGUUGUGGCAUACAUAAAAAAAGUUCUAUCCUUCUUUGACACCAAUUGGCCGACCAUGCCCAGGAUAAAGGCCUCUGGUUUCUUCAGGAAGGUAUAUUUAAAUACCUUUUCCUUUCAUUAUAGAUCAUCUCCCAGAAUGCCUUAAUCCUUGGGCAUGUCCACCAAAGGUGAAAGAAUGUACCUUCAGUUUCAUUACAUUUCCAACAUUUGUUAUCGGGCAAAUGAUAAAUUUUUGCAAGCUUGACUGGUGUUAUGUACCACCUAUAAAUCAUUUUCAUUAAAUUCUCUUUUAAGGCAUUACAUGCCGUAAACUUCAUACCAGUGGUCCAUAACUGUUCCCAGUCAGCCAUCAUGAUAUUAUGUCCAACAUCUUGUGCCCAUUUAAUCAUAGCAGAUUUCACCAUUUCAUCUUGUGUAUUCCAUUUCAACAGCAAGUUAUACAUUCUUGACAAAUUCUUAACUUUAGGGUCUAACAGUUCUGUUUCCAGUUUUGAUUUUUCCACCUGGAGCCUAAUUUUUAAUCCAAAUUAUAUGCCUAUCCAAAUUAUAUGCCGAUAUCAAUAAUUUCUAGUCGGAGCACCUGUUAUUCUGGGCUCAAUUUUGCAGACGAGGGGUAAAAUGUAACUGACGGGAAGGGAACAUUUUUCAGCUCGAGGCCUGCAUUCUCUUUGGAGAAACCUUCUGGGGGCCACAUGGUAGGUGGAGCAACAAAUGGGAGUUUUAGUUCUGUACAGUAGGUUAGUCUUUACCCUAGCUUGAGAAGUAUAUUUUUUAUAUCUCCCACCUUAUUUCUGUAAUUUUGUUUUAAACUGUUUUUAAUUGCUGUAACGCACCCUGGGAUCUUGGGCUGAAGGGUGUGACAAGAAGUUUCUACACACCCACACCCCUCUCUGUUCUCCAUCCAGGUAAAAAAAGAAGCAGCAUUAUUGGAGUUCUAGAACAUAUUCCAGCCAGUUAAAAAUAGUCAAGGAAGGUACAAAGGAGGGCUUGUGGGGGUGUGUGGCCUGGGGAGAAUUCCAAGGGCCAGACAGAGAGUUCUGGAGGGCCACAUUUGGUCCCCAGCCUGAGGUUCCCCACCCUAGGGAACUUGGGACAAUGCAGUCUCAGGGAUGUCUAUUUUCACUGGUAAUGGAGGAAGACUCAGGAUGAGCUCUGUGCUGUGGUGACUACAGCAGCAAAUAAAUACUUUCUCCAUUGUCACUAUUACAUCUGCACAGACUUGUCCUGCUGAGCUGACUUGAGUAGUAAGAGGUAUAUUGUAUCAAGGACUAGAGAAAAUCGAAUAUGAGGUCUUAGCAGCCUGCUGGGACAAUUUCGCUAGACAGUUUGUGGAUAAAGUUGCUCGCAUUCACUCUGAUGCCAUGGUUAUAGCUGAUCCUGAGAGUGUACUGUUGGCACCUAUUUGUCUGGUUGUGAUGGAUACAAUUCAAUUUGUACAGCCUGAGGAAGAUAAGAUCUUUCGUAAUGUGAGAUCAACCACAUGUGCACUUAAUCCUUGCCCAUUUGGGCUGAUUAAAGUAGUCAGAGGAUGCUUGGUGGAGUGGAUAAGGAAAGUGGUGAAUGAUUCCCCAGAGCAAGAAAAAUUCCAGCUAGUGUUGUAAGACCACUGUAAAAAAGCCCUCUCUAGAGCCUACUAUCUUGGAUCAUUACCAGCUACUCCAAAUUUUGCUUUUCCUGAGCAAUAUUUUUGAGAAUGUAGUAGCAUCUUAGUCUGUUUCAUCCAAGAACCACUGGAGCUAUCUAGACCCAUUUUUUAUUUGAUUCAGGACUAGUUUGGGGAUUGAGAUAGCUUUGGUAAAUUGGGUAGACGAUCUUCAUAGACAGGGAGAUCAUGUUUCCGCUAGACACUUCAGCAGUGUUCAGUACCAUUGAACCUGGUAUCCUGGACUUACUGAUGGGGAUGGGAGUAGGAGGAACUGUUUUGUGGUGGUUCUGGUGCUUCCUUGAGGAAGGUUCCAGAAAUAAUGUUAGAGGUCCCCUUCUUUGCACCUUGGCUACUUGCUUAUACUGUCCAGAAGAUUGUCUCCACCCUCCAUGUUACCCAGAACUUCUUUGAGAAUUCAUCCAGGGAUUUAGAUUGUGUUGUGUGCAGAUGACACACAACUCUAUGUCCCUUCCAGAAAAGCUGCCCACUUCCUGAGGUUAUCUGUGUCCCACCUAGGGUGUAAGCAUGUUUGAGGUGAAUUAGAGAGGAGGACUUCUCAGUAGCUACAUUUACCUUAUGAAUUUUCUAGCCUUGUGAUUUGCCAUUUUCCUCCUGCCUCACUUACUCAGCAUUUUAUUCUUGCAGGCUUUUGUUGCAUGUAGUAGAUAAUGUUUUUAUACUUGGUUUUAACCACUAUCCCUGUUUUCUUGGUUGAUGGUUUGUUGUUUUCUGAAACUAAUUUUAAACACUGCAAGUCACCCUAGUCGUCUUUGACCAGGGACAGCUCUAUUUAGUUCCCAAUCAACGUCCACAAAACCUUUUAAGUUCCCUCCCCUCCAAAAUCAUUAUUUUAGUGUUUGUGUGCCAUGUUGGCGUGUUCACAGGUGUUUUAUCAUGCUAUGAGUAAUGCACGCAUGUUGGGACAAGUUUGUUAAAAUAGGUCCUAAAGCCAAAAGAAGUGGUGUCAGAUCUUAAAUUCAGAAUUUUUUUUUCUCAAGUGGGGAAAGAAAACAUUUUACUAUUUGAAUUUAAGGCAUAUCCAGCUACUGGGGGAAAAGAAUAGAAAUAUUUGUUCUAGUUAACUGUAAUCUAAGUUUAGCCAUCUGGAGGUCAAAUCCUACAACUGAAUCAACACGCUCUGAUCUUAUAAGGAUCUUAUAUCAUAUUUCCCAGCAUAAAUAGUUAGUUUCUACUCUGAAUCUCUGCAGUUCCAUUAUAAACACCCCUAUUAAGAAUUUGUUGUUAUCAAGUAAAUGUAUUUCCUACAUGAGAAAAAGUGCACUCAAUUUGCCUGGGAAAGUGAACAAUGGUGAGUUGUGUGGAUGGCCUCUCAAGCAGUUUCACCUAUGCUAGGAACAUACAUCAAAGUCGUCUAAUCCUGAGGUCGUAGAAUGGAAUACCGUGGACAACUUUCAAGGGGUCUGCCAUUAAAAAUAGUAUUCUGGGUCUUUCUUUCUACAACCAUUUUAUGUAGCUUGGAAAAUUGUCAAGAGACAGUUAUUUCUAAAGUUUAGCAAAAAAGUUGAAAGGGGAGGGAUGUACAACAGUUCUGAAAGCUGCCUUGCAUGUGUUAACAAUUUGCUCAGUUCUCUUGUGUCGAUCAUAACAACGUUUUAUAACCAAUACAGCAGCAAACAUCUCACGUAGGAGUGUCACAUCAUACUAUCCACAUGUGUGGAAAUUGCUCAGAUUUCUUCUUGAUGGAACCGACUUCUGAGCAGGAAUGUGAAACGGCUCUGAGCAUUGACAAUUUGCUCAAGAGAUGCUUGAACUGCCUUUUGAUUUUCACGCAUCUUUGCGGUGACAUCAACCACCUGCAACAUGCAUGUUUAGAUGCUAAUGAAUUUGUGCACUUAGAAAUACAAUUCCCAUCUUUUUCUAAUGUAGUGGGGUCUGUCCUCUGAAUGUUCAGUUUCUGUAUGAAAAAAAUAUGGGGGCUAGCACCAGGUGACACUCUUCUUUGAGUCAGUAUCUAUAUAUAGAAGUAGGAAAAUGCAAAUCCAAACCAAGUUCACAUGGAAGCUCCCCAAAUCUUUGUAUGGUAAUGCGCUUUGCCACCAUUCAGGUUCUUUUGGCUAGGCCUCACAACAUUUUCUUUGAAAACAGCACUACGGGCAGGAGCACAGAUAGAUAUUUCCAACAGCAUUUUUCCAGUCCAGCCUUUCUACCCCGUAUAAAGAUAUCAACCAAUGUGUGAGGGAGUAUCUAAAACAAAACAAAACAAAACAAAACAAAACAAAACAAAACAACAGUAUUUUUAAGGAAAACAUAAGUACUUUCCAGUUGUGUUUCCUUCUCACACAAAAUGACUUUGCUAGUUUUUCUAAAUGCAUUGUUGGGUCUUCAGUUAUUUUGGCUACGAACAAGUCAUUUCCUCUUUCUGUGAAGCUAUCAAAUUGGCACCCCUAAAGGCAUUUUCCAUUGCAGGCCCCAGAUAGUUAAGAUGGUUCUUUUUCUAUUUUCCCUUUAUAGUCUCCCUUUAUAGAGGAUGUUAUUGGCAGGUAGGGAUUUUUGGCUGUUAAUAUCACAGAGAGAGAGAUACUGCUUCUUGGUAAAUCUGUAUAUUAUGUUUUCUUUACAUUCCUUUCUUUGGUGAUUGUAUUUUUUUUUUUAAAUGAUAUUUAUUAAAAUUUCAAAAACAAAAAAUUACAUAGUUAAAGAGAGAAGAAACAAGGAAAAAUAUAUAAAAAAAGAGAAAAAAACAUACAAAAUACAAAGUACAGAAAAAAAAUAAAAAAGAAACACUUAAAAACAAAUUAAUCCUUCCGUAUCUUACAUUUCAUUUCCUUGCUUCCCUGACCUCCUCUCACCUCCCUUUUUUGUAUUCCAGUUCAAUUGGUUAAUUCAGCAAUUCCUUUCCCUCUUUGUUUAUAUCUUAGUCCUUUAACUUAAUAUUUUAUAACUUUAGAUUCUCACCUAUUAACCCCAUUUUUACAUACACCUUUAUGACAUUGCUACUAGAACCACUUAAUUUCAUUCUAACAUCAUUCUAACAUUCAUUAAUUUUACAAUAUUUCUGUAAAUAGUCUUUAAAUUUCUUCCAAUCUUCUUCCACCGACUCGUCUCGGAUCCUGCCAGUCAUUUCCGCCAAUUCCAUGUAGUCCAUCACCUUCAUCUGCCAUUCCCUUUCUUUGGUGAUUGUAAACUGUUGCCUUCGUAUUUUCUUUUUUUAGAAAAAGAAUGACCUAUUUGUUGCAUCUCUGAGUUUCUGACAUAUACUUUGAAAUACAUUUUCUAUUCUUAGGAUGCAGUGAAUGUUUCUAGUUUUAAUUAAAAAGUCUUUCUAUCCUGGCACUUCUCACACUCAGAUUAUGCUUUUGCUUUCCUUUGAAACCUGGCUGUAAAUUGUAGCUGGCUGGUAAUGGAUUUCCCUUAUAACCCUCCACUAAAAUCUAUUCGUUCUUCAUGUUACAACUUCCAUGGAGAAAUAUGACGUGGGAGUCGGAGACUAUACCAAAAGGCUAAGAUUAUGAAACAGAAAAUAAUUAUCUUGAGUUUCUUUGCCCUGCUAAAUGAAUGUUUUCACCCAGACUACAAUAUAAUUUCCCCUAUGGGGAGUCUAUGAGGCUUGACCAGUGGAAGGGCCGCAGUUCAUAAGUAGAACAUCUGCACUGUAUCCAGAUGGUCCCAAGUGCAAUCUCAAGCAUCUCCUUAGAGCUGGUAGGGACCCCUGCCUGAAACCCUGGAGAGCCACUACCAGUGAGUGUAGCCAGGACUGAGCUAGAUGGACGAGUGGUGUGACUUAGUAUAAAGCAUAAGUUCCCUGUGGAUUGUGCUUUGUCCCUCAGAACUACAGUGGUACCUCGGGUUACAGACACUUCAGGUUACAGACGCUUGAGUUUACGGUUAAGAACUUUGCUUCAGGAUGAGAACAGAAAUUGUGCUCCAGUGGCGCAGCAGCAGCGGGAGGCCCCGUUAGCUAAAAUGGUGCUUCAGGUUAAGAACUGUUUCAGGUUAAGAACAGACCUCUGGAACGAAUUAAGUACUUAACCUGAGGUACCACUGUAUAGGGGCCUUCUGGCGGUUCCCUCAUUGCGAGAAGUGAGGUUACAGGGAACCGGACAGAGGGCCUUCUCGGUAGUGGUGCCUGCCCUCCCGUCAGAUGUCAAGGAAAUAAGCAGCUAUCUUAUUUUUAAAAGACAUUUGAAAGCAGCCCUGUUUAGGGAAGUUUUUAAUAUUUAAUGCUGUAUUGUUUUUAACACUCGAUUGGGAACCACCCAGAGUGGCUGGGAAAACUCAGCCAGAUGGGCGGGGUAUAAAUAAAUUAUUAUUAUUAUUAUUAUUAUUAUUGAAAAGCUUGGUCAUGUUGAGUGCUGUGACUAACAUCAUGUUUGGUUUUGACCACAGACUGGUGCCAGUCUCAUGAUUACCUUGAGCUGUGAUGAAAACAUUAUCAUUUUACCACAUAACUGGCAUCAUUCUAAAUGAUGCCAUAGCAAAGGAUUAGUCAGCAUCGAUAGUUAACCAUGCAGCCUUCUACAGCAGCCACAAAGCUGACAUAAGAAAAUGAAUAACACUCACAGCACAAUCCUGCCCUGCCUAUUUACGUAGAAGUGAGUCUUGCCAAGUUUAAUUGAUCUUGCUCCCAAGCAAGUGUGUUUGCAGCUGUGCAACCUGAAUUUAUGCAUGUUGUCUUAGAAGUAGGUACCACUGUGUUAAAAUUGGGCCCAAGUAAGUGUGCAUAAGAUUGUUAUCAUCAUAAAAGAUACAUGAAAAAACAUGCUCCUACCUUCCCAGCUGCACUGUGAAUUUACAAUUUGUUUUUUUUUUUUAAAGCAAUUUAUUGGGUUUUACAAUAGGAAUAAAUGUAAUAAACAAUAUAGCAUUCGUCUUAACAUAUUUUCACAUUUUCUUAGGACUUCCUCACAUCUCCCGCUCCCACCUUCAUCAUUAUAACAUUUUGUCAGCAAUUUAUCAUCUUAUUUAAGUUCUUAUAUCUCUUCGAUAUUUCAUAAUCUUAAAGUUCUCAUAAAGAGUUAUACUUUCACAAUUUUUCUUGUUUCCUUAAAAAUUUCUAAGUUAAGUGGUGCUCAGUUAUUUAGUCCAGCAUCUUAUUCAGCAUUCAAUCAAAUCACAAUAUUUUUGUAGGUAGUUCUUAAAUUUCUUCCAAUCCUCCUCGAUUCUCUCUUCUCCCAGGUCACGGAUUCUGCCAGUCAUUUCAGCCAGUUGCAUAUAGUCUAUCAGUUGCAUCUGCCAUUCUUCCAGUGUGGGUAGAUCUUGGGUUUUCCAAUGUUUUGCAAGUAGUAUCCUUGCUGCUGUUGUUGCGUACAUAAAAAUGUCUGGUCCUUCUUUGCCACCCCUUGGCUGACAAUACCCAAAAGGAAAGCCUCUGGUUUCUUAGUGAAAGUAUAUUUAAAUACCUUUUUCAAUUCAUUGUAAAUCAUUUCCCAGAACGCCUUCACUUUAGGGCAUGUCCACCAGAGGUGAAAGAACGUUCCUUCACACUCUUUGCAUUUCCAGCACUUGUUAUCAGACAGGUGGUAAAUUUUUGCGAGUUUGACUGGGGUCAUAUACCAUCUAUAAAUCAUUUUCAUUACAUUUUCUUUCAAAGCAUUACAUGCAGUAAAUUUCAAUCCAUUACUCCACAGCCUUUCCCAGUCCUCAAACAUAAUAUUAUACCCAAUAUCCUGUGCCCACCUUAUCAUAGCCGAUUUAACCAUUUCAUCUUGUGUAUUCCAUUCCAACAGCAAGUUAUACAUCCUUGAAAGUAUCUUAGUCUUUGGUUCUAACAAUUCUGUUUCUAAUUUCGAUUUUUCCACCUGGAACCCUAAUUUCUUAUCACUUUUAAAAACUUCUUUAAUCUGAGCAUAGUGUAACCAAUCUCGCACUUUGUCUUUCAUUUUCUCCAAGCUCUGCAAUUUCCAAUUGUCUCCAUCUUUUUCUAGUAUUUCCCAAUAUUUUGGCCAUUUGGCCUCCAUAUUGGGUCUUUUUCGGGCCUGUGAAUUUACAAUUUGAUAACGGCUUGUGUUAGCUUGCACCAGCUGCCCAUACGCUACAAAGCCAGGUUCAAGGUUCUUGUAUGAAUGUACAAGGCCCUUAACAACUUGGGCCCAGAAUUCCUCUGGGACCGUCUGAACCCUUAUAUCCCUCCCGAAUCACUGAGUUAGUGGUCUGUCAUGGCUCAGAUACACAGUUCACAUCCUCCAGUGUGAGCCAGUGUGGUGUUGUGGUUAAGAGUGGUAGACUCGUAAUCUGGUGAACUGGGUUCGCAUCUCCGCUCCUCCACAUGCAGCUGCUGGGUGACCUUGGGCCAGUCACACUUCUCUGAAGUCUCUCAGCCUCACUCACCUCACAGAGUGUUUGUUGCGGGGGAGGAAGGGAAAGGAGAAUGUUAGCCGCUUUGAGACUCCUUCGGGUAGUGAUAAAGCGGAAUAUCAAAUCCAAACUCUUCUUCUUCUUCUCCAGGAACCAUGCAAUCUGUAUUGUGGGCCCAGUUUUAUGAAACUCCGUAACUAAAUCCUUAUGUAUUUCAGUUUAGGAAUACUAGAUUCCUAACUAUGACUUGUGGGAAAACUCUCUCCCAAGUGGAAAUAAUGUGGCAUCAACACUUUAAACUCAUAUAACACUAUUGUGGUAGUUUCUAUGUUAAAAAGAAGCACAACCAUUGUCUGUACACAAAAUAUUAUUAUAAUCACUAUUACCAUAUCUGAUCCUAAACCUCCACUGCCUUGCAGGAUAUAUUCAGGAGAAGAAAAGGCUAAGGGGUAAACCAUACACAAAUCUGGAGUGGAGUCCCUAAGAUGGUUGGUUGGCGCCUUGUAUGCCUCCUUCCAGCACCACCUGCAGCCCGUUGUUGUUGUUUGUUGUUGUUUAGUCGUUUAGUCGUGUCCGACUCUUCGUGACCCCAUGGACCAGAGCACGCCAGGCACUCGUGUCUUCCACUGCCUCCCACAGUUUAGUCAAACUCAUGCUGGUAGCUUCGAGAACACUGUCCAACCAUCUCGUCCUCUGUCAUCCCCUUCUCCUUGUGCCCUCCAUCUUUCCCAACAUCAGGGUCUUUUCCAGGGAGUCUUCGCUUCUCAUGAGGUGGCCAAAGUAUUGGAGCCUCAGCUUCACGAUCUGUCCUUCCAGUGAGCACUCAGGGCUGAUUUCCUUCAGAAUGGGUAGGUUUGAUCUUGCAGUCCAUGGGACUCUCAAGAGUCUCCUCCAGCACCAUAAUUCAAAAGCAUAAAUUCUUUGGCGAUCAGCCUUUUUUAUAGUCCAGCCCAGCUGGUGCCAAAUGCAUUGCUCUGCUUUUCUUUCGAUCACAUCAGCAAGGCUGAGAGGGAGGUCUUGUUGUCUGGGCAGCCCAGGACCUCCAGACACGCUGCCUAGGCUUCUGCCCCAGGGAGGUCACUUUGGUGCUGCUACCCAGCACCAGUUUGACUUCACGCCCAAACGUGCACUCCAUUAUCCCUUGAGACAGACAGAUACCAACAAACAACGUCACCAUAUAUGCACUAUUAAUAACAGUAAGCGGAGUGCCUUAAGGAGUUACCUGGACAGAAGCCUGCUCCCAAAAAUCUUAUAAUCUAAAACAGACAAUGAGGAAACAACAGAGGGAGGGAGGGUCACUCAAUAGGGUGAGGAGGAAUGUGGGCAAAUACUGUUAUACUUACUUAAUUCUUGGUGGAGAAUUUUAAGAUAACAAUAGUCCUUGGGUUAGCAGAGGGUGGUAGGGAUGGGCAAAGUUACUGAUAAGGAUGUAGUGAAACAAGGGCCAAAGGAUAGCUUAAUUGACACAUCUUUUCCAUUUUGCCCUUACAUUGACUAGUAACAAAGUCAAAGAAACAAAACAAAAUGUAGUCGUGACCACUGAAGUUAUUUUUUGUUCUUCACAAAACAUAACUAGGAAAAGGAAUGAAAGCUUGGGGGGGGGAGAGGUUCUCUCUUGACAGAACAGUAUGCCAAGUUAUAUCUUAUAUUGGGCUGGACUACUCAUUUAAGUUUGAACCCAGUAACUUUUCCAUCAGGCAUGACUAUUCUAAGCAAAGUGUAAAUGAAAUAAAAUGGGGUAUGUUCUUGCAUGUAUUGUACCACCUUUUGGUCACAGGGAUACCCUGGAGAAUAGGCUGUGGGCUGUUGAUUUAAUGACAUUCAUAUACAUUUUGCCUCCAAAGAGAUAGGCAGUUCUCAGACCGAGUCAUUUUCAAAACUGGGGAAGGUAAAGGAAUAAAGUAUUCAUAUUUGGUUCAACAUUCUUCCAACUCCAGAGAACAGUACAUUGAUGGUAAAGAACUACCCAUUUUUCAAAGCUAUUUUGUUUCUAUUCUUGAUUUGUGCUUGGCAGUAAUUGGAAAAACAAGCUUUAUUGCUGUUAAUAUUCAUUGCUAGUAUGUUAUGUAAGCUCAAGAGAAAGGUAACAAAUUUUGUUACCAGCUGGAACGGCAGGUUAACAGGCUCUUGUUGAUUUUAUCUACAGAGAAUGUUGAAGGACUCAUUUUGUGUCAAAGUAAUUGCACUAGCAGGUGCAGUUGAGCAACUGUGUUUUGCUUGCGACACUGCUGUGUCUCACUGCUUACCACAAAUGUUGAUAUAUAUAUAUAUAUGUAUAAAAGAGUCAGUUCUGCUUUUACCAUCUCCUGCAAACUGUCUGAAAGAAUGGCAUAAACAAGGAUAAUGCAACAGCUAAAGAUUAGCAAACCAAAAGCCCACUUGUGUAGCGGUCCAGAGGAUGAAUCUGCCUAAUGACUAAUUGCAAUUUAGAUGAUUUCUCAGAAGAUGGUACUAGAUUAAGCACUGAACAAUUAAGAACUGUUAUGAACUGGGCUCAGGCUUUUUCUUAGAAACUCAUAUCAAAUGUCCUUCGUUGUUCAGAACAUAGAGUACACAAUUGCCAGUAUUGCAAGGUAACUCUGGCAGAGAUGGGGGAUAUGUAACCCUCUAGAUGUUGCUGGAAUAUAACUCCCCUGACCUUUGUCCAUGCUGUCUGAGACUGAUGGGAACUGGAAUCAACAACAUCUGCAGGGUCUCAAGUCCCUCACUCCUGCCCUGAGGGUUAUAUUUGUGAAGUAUUGGUUGGGUACAGCAUUGGCUGUCCUAUCAGACAGAGUGAGGUGGCCACGCCAGGGAGAAAAUCCUAGGAGGCAUGGGUGCCAGCUCUGUGACCCCUAAGCUAUCCUUCUGCCUCCAAGCACUACAGAGAAUGCUGUUCCUUCACCUGUGUUGAAAUAAGAUGCAGAUGACAGGCUGCUGGAAUGAGGAAAGGAGGCGCCAUUUUGUCUCUUGCCUCAGGUAGCAAAGCUAGGAAAUUUACCAAGCCCUUGGUGGGACAUCAUGCGUGGCUGUUGAUGGUAGUCAGCUUUGUGGGUCAUGAACUGCACAGGCCUGCGCUGUUUCUUCCAGUGAUUCACAACUUGUGACCCACAAAGGUGAGCACUGCACUCCAACCAUGUAUAUGAUGUGCAAUCUGUGGAUCAGCAAAUCUCUCAGCUUUGCUACUUGCCUGAGACUUCACAAAUCAAUGAAUUGUCAAGUUACAGUUCAAUGGAUGGUGCUCCAAAUUUGGCUUGAUGGGUAAUGAGUUAUACAGGCCUGAAGUAGGUUAUGUUGCAGCCCACUGACAUUAUUGCCAGUGGCUCACCCAAAUGUGCUCCAAUUCCACCAGCAUUGCUUUCUGCAGGACCUAGAAUGAUCCUGGAGGAAGGGAGGUAUGAGCAUGUUCAGCUUCAUUCUGCAGCAGCAACAUGAGCUGUUCACUUCCAGGUCUAAUUUAAGAUGUAAUUUCCUUACCUUCUUCAUAGCUUAUGUUGAGUUUAUUUCUCAGAGAUUGCCUGUUUGAGGCUUAUUAAGGUCAUUUUUAGGAGUUCAGUUUAAGGUGCCUUAUAGUCAAAUCUAUAAAAUGUAGGAAGAAUAAUAGAAUUGUAGAGUUGGACGGGACCACAAGGGUCGUCUAGUCAACCCCCCCCAUGCAAUGCAUGAAUCUUUUGCCCAAUGUGAGGCUCAAACCCAUGACUCCAAGAUUAAGAGUCUCAUGCUCUGUCGACUGAGCAGGAAACCAUUUUCAAUGCUGUGUAUGCUGCUAAAACUUUCUGCCCAUUACCUGCCUUACAAUGACCUGUGCUGCUGUAUUUUCGGAAAUAAUUUAUAUAACUCUUAUUUUGGAGGUGUUUCAGAAAUCUGUGAUGAGCAAUGUUUAUAUACUGGUGGUUUAAGUACAGUGGUACCUCCGGUUACAGAUGCUUCAGGUUACAGACUCCGCUAACCCAGAAAUAGUACCUCGGGUUAAGAACUUUGCUUCAGGAUGAGAACAGAAAUCGCGUGGUGACAGCGGGAGGCCCCAUUAGCUAAAGUGGUACCUCAGGUUAAGAACGGACCUCUGGAACGAAUUAAGUUCUUAACCCGAGGUACCACUGUACUGGAUACUGCAUUUCUCAUUUUGAAUUUGUUGAUUAAUUAUGCCUGAUAUUAUCAUUUUCAAUGUAUUUUGAAGCUUUAUCUAUUGAUACUGAUAAGGCAGGAUGUAAACGAUAUAAAGAAAAAGGUCAGGUUCAGGCUGCUCACUUAGUGAGGAGCAAGGCCCCGUUAUCCUUAUUAAGACCAGCUUCUGAAUAAGUGUGCUUAGGAUCCUACUCGUUCCAUGGAAGAAGAAGCUGAUCACUUUUUGAGGUUUCAGUAACCACCAAUAGAAGGAAGUGUAUGUGAAUGGCUAAUUAGAAACAAUGGGUGGAACCUAAUGUCACACUCUUCCCAUUGUUCCUUCUGUGCAUGCAUGCAUUCUUGCUUGCCAGACAGAACAAUGCCCCGUCUCCUCCUCAGGCAUAUUGUUCUAGGUGAUCUCUUGACCCCCAGAGCCAAUAUUGGGGUGUAGCAGGAGAGGGGAGGGAAGCCCCGCUGCACAAGCAGAAGUCUUUGUGCAGGGCUGCUGCUCACAGGACUGGUUAGAUGCCUCCCCACCAAUGGGUUGUUCCCAACUAAGUCACACAGCGUAAACCCACUGAAACCAAUGGUCGCGGCUAACUUAAGUUCAUUUAUUUCAGUGACUCCUUAGUUGGAUACAAUCCAGUGUAUUUCAGAUGAAAACAUAGAAGAAAAUGUCUCCUUGCAACAGCAGGGAGAUUAACUGCUCAUAUAAACUUUACAUUUGGAAAAAUUGGAAGAAACUGUGAUCUCAGCAAAACAAGCUCUGUUGCUAAGAGUUUAUCAUUCAGCUGAUGACUGGAAGCAGAUUGUUCAACAUAUUCCACACCUUUCAAGCAGCUUUUAAUAUUUUUUUUUUUUGUUAUAUACAUUUCUCCUCUGUUUUUCUUUUUAACACAAACUUGUGAAAUGUUCUCUUCUGUAGCUUUCCCAUGGCUCAUUUAUUUGCCACCAGGGAAGCUUUGUUCCUGAUCUAAACCAGCAGCAUGAGGAUAGAAUUACUACAAUAAACCAUGCUGCACGGGCAGAAACUUUUCUGCUGGAAUACUGAGUUAAUGUUGAGUUGCAAUACUUUUCCACCAUUUUUUUUUUUAGAGAAAGAGACCUGGCUCAGUGGUGGAGCAGAUUCAACCCCUAGGUUCAACCUCAAGUAGAAAAGGGUCUGUUUUUGAUAGCCUGGAGGCAGCUUCUUAACUUUCUGUGGCAAAAAUGAGACAUCUGGGAUGGAAGCAUGGCAAGGAGCUGCAGUUUAUAUCACAAUCCUAUCCUCAUUCAGAGGUGGUUCCUUCUGCCAGCAGUAAUGUAAUGUUACAUCUGCAAAAUAGGUGACAUAAGUAAACACAUUCCCAAUGGACACCCCACCCCACCCCAGCCAUGGCAGAGGACUCCAGCUAAAUUAGGAGCCAAUAAGGGUAUAGUACCUAUAGGUUUUACAUGUAGGCUCUUCACCAGUGAGCAACUGGAGCCUCUGACAGGAAGAGCUGAGGGUGUGUGUUGUCCAAGGGAGGCUGUAAGAUGAUGGAUUUCUGACCAUCAUUAUUGCAUUUCUGCCAUCACUGUGUGUCGAAUGGUGUCUUCCACGCACCAGUGUGUCACCUGCUAGCAUUCUUCUGGCUGUGGAAUUGCCAGGGAGCUUUUAGGGUGGCUGUUGUUUAUGGUUAUGUUCCUGUUUGUUUGUACUACUGUUGUGCUUUUGACUUUGCUCUUGUUUAGCAUGGGAUCCUAAUUCCAUUAUGUAGGGGACCACAGGUCUGGACUGACCUCCUUUCAUAAUGCAUGGGGUGUGUGUGUGUGUGUGUGUGUGUGUGUGUUACAAUAUGUCGAAGAUGACUGUAUAUUUUUCAAGCUAGAGCAGCUGGUAGUCUUUCAGUUAGUAGUGUUUGUUUAUUAAAUCACAUGACUGUGGGGGCUGGUGAGCAGGAUGGUUCUGCUUUUGUUUUUUAAAAAAGUGGAUUUGUUAUUGAACUCCUCAAGAGAUCGGCUGCUACAUAUGUUCAGAUAAGUCGUCUCUUCGGUGAAGCUGUACCACUGAGGAGAAAAAUAGCUCUAUUUAAACUGAAAACCUCUAUCUGGAAAAUGAAUAUUUGGUAGUUGUGCCUGUUUGGAGACAUUGCUCAGUAAAUGACUAAGGGUAAGCAAUCGUGUCUAGGAUGUGUCGGACGACAAUAGCACACUUAUGAGCAAUUCCUGGUUCCCUUGAGAACUCAGCCGAACUUCCACCGAUUUCAGUGUCUGCUCAAAGGUCACUCCCAUCCCCCAAUGCUGAUGUUACAUCACACCAGCAAGAUAGUUGACAAAAUCAAAAAUGCAAUUGCCGAAAACAAAAAGGGGACCUGGUUGGCUGUCCCCUUCCCUUCCCUUUUCCCCAGAAGCCAUAGCAGAAGAUAGCAAUCUGAUUAACUCAGGAGCCAACCCACAAGAGGAGUAUCUAAGCCCCCAUAAGGGAACAUGGACCAUCUAACCAAGAAGCCCAACAUGUGGUUAUAUCAGCUUUUCCCAGUCUAGCACCCUCUAAACUCCAGUAGAGGCUGGUCCAUCAGGGGAAAUGGGGCAGUGCCCCACCAGCAUCCAUUUUUAUUCUUCCAAGCCCUCCUGCUUUAUUACUUACAGAUUCCUCACCCUUAUACUCAGUUUUGCCCUUGUAAAACUCAGCAGGGAGAAAGAUGGGGACAAGAGUAGAAUUUGUUGCCUCCGUUUCUCACUGCAUCUUGCUCAAACUGUCAUCGUCUCUGCCUCUGCCUACUGCUGGCCUCUCUGCCUUACAGCCUACCAGUGCCAAUGGGCAUUCCCUCCCCCUUCCCCAGUGUUGGACUCUGCCCUGUUCAGGGAUGAUAAGAACUGUUGUCCAACAACAGCAAGCAAGACACGAAGGCAAUAACCCUUUCCAGUUGUUGCUCCCCAGUAACUGGUACUCAGAGACUUAGACCACAUUCACACCACACAUUGAAAGCUCUAGAUAGGCUCAGGCCACUGUGUUUAUUGAGGUGGCAGCCCAGCUUUGGAAUCACCUUUCCAGAGAGUCCUACCUGUGUAUCCCACUAUUGCAGUGUAGGCACAUAGAAAACAGCAGUUUUUAGUUGUCUUAUGCAUUUUAAGUGUUUAUGCAUUUUAAGUGCUGCUCACCCAUAUGUAUUUUACCUGUUUUAUUACUGCUUUGGACAUUUGCAAUGCUUCGGCUUAAAAAGUGCUUUUAUUGCACAAUUAACACAUUUUAUAAAAUGAAUUCUAGAUCAGACCACCUACUGGGUAACAACAUAGCCCUGAUCUAGCCAGUGGGAGAGCUUGAGGCACAGGCUUCUCAAUCCCACUUGAAACCAAUGGGGCUUCUUUUUGACUGAGUUGUGCCCAUAUUGUAUCAUUCAGCUAGGGCUCUUGAAUAAAUGUAAUCUCAUUUUACCUGCUUCAGGUCAAUUUUCCGUACAGAUGGCUGAGCUUAAAAGCUCUAGCGGAGCUUGCAUGAAUCACAAGAAGACAACGCUAACCUCCAAUUUCAUGGUUGUUUAUAGCACACUUAUUAUCAGAGCCUUUUACCAUCACUGCACAUGAAUUUAUAUCUCAGAGGUCUAGAAAAUUAUUUUGCCUGAUUAGUUUUAGGUUGGCAUGUCAGAAAACAUCAAGGAAUAGUCCAUUUGACUCUUUUUAAUUUUGUUUUCAGUGCUUGAGGAGGGUAUAUGUGUGUGGUAGCAAGAAAUCACAUUCUUGAGUUGGAGGACAUGUUUUUUCUGGUUUGGAAGAACCAUGUUUUUGAUAAAGUUUAGAGAUAUCCUGUCAGCUUUUGGUAGGCAGGAGGGCAUGUCUUGCAUGUCUUAGCAAGACUGUGAGAGUGUGCAAGAUCCUGGAGAUUAGAUCAUAGCCUCUGCGUUCCUCCCCUGGUUCUCCUGCUACUGCAGUAACCUGAACUAAGCUAUAGCUUGGCUUCACAUCACUGCAAAAUGUCUGCGGCCCUCACAUCAUACUUUCCCAUUUCUGUUUCAUGUGUCUCCUCUGGGACACUGAGCUUCGUUCACGCUAAGGGAGAUUUUUUUAGAGUCUCUGCGGAAAUUUGCUUGCAGUAAUGAGCUACUCUUUGUACAAUGGCAAAAUUCCAAGGGAAGCUUAAGCAUGUGUAUAACGGGGGGAAAAACCUGUAUCAUGUGAUGUUCACUGGAAAGCAGAAUUUUGCCCAGGGCGGUUAUUUGCUCUUUAGUUUUAACAUAAACAUUUUAAAAUGACAUCUGUUCUGUGUUAUGUUUUCAAAGCUGAAUUCUCAGUUAAACUAGUAUUGCGCAAUAUUUUCACAGCAAAUAUAUUUCAUCUAUAUAUUUAUUGAUUAAUUAUUAAAUUUACAUCCCACCCUUCCUCCCAAAGGAGCUCAGGGCAGCAAGCAACAAGAGAUAAAACAAUUUAAAAAAUCUUUAAAAAAAAUAAUUUCAAGACAGAUGCAGACUGGGAGGAAGGGUUUCAGUAGAUGCUGAAAAGACAACAAAAUGGCACCCAUCUAAAAGUCCUACAAUGUGCAGGACUAAAAGUCCUACUUUGUGCAGAACAGGCCUUCAGAUGUUAUCUACAAGAGACCCUCACCUGUAGAGCACAAUGAUCAACUGAGUAUAUAAUGAGUGAGAUGAUCUUUCAGCUAUCUUGGUCCCAAACUCUAUAGGUAUGCAUUCCCCAAAACCAGAUACAGUACAUCCAUUAAAGAAUUUUCAAGUGAACCUGUGCCCAAGACUAGGCGAUACAGUGCAGAGGAUGUUGUCAAGUACAGUGGUACCUCUGGUUAUGUACUUAAUUCAUUCCGGAGGUCUGUUCUUAACCUGAAACUGUUCUUAACCUGAAGCACCACUUUAGCUAAUGGGGCCUCCCGCUGCUGCUGCGCUGCUGCCGUGCAAUUUCUGUUCUCAUCCUGAAGCAAAGUUCUUAACCCGAGGUACUAUUUCUGGGUUAGCGGAGUCUGUAACCUGAAGCGUAUGUAACCCAAGGUACCACUGUAUGCUAAACUAAAAUCAGCCCACCUCAUCUGGUAAAAUAGGGUUUGUCGCCCACCCUGGCAACCUUCAUAUCUGCCACAUUCAUGGAAGAAAUGAAACAUUUUCAGGCAGAAGUAGCAAGACUAUUGCAAGUUGAAAAGGAGGAGGCUGGGGUGGGGGGGAUGCACAAAUAUACCCAGAAGUAGCAAUGCUACUUCUGGAUGCAUUUCUGCAUUCUCCCCCACCAUCCUUUUCAACUUGUAAUUUUCUCUCCGUAAUGUUGUGUUAGUGGAAGUGAGCAAAUUGUAGAAAGCACAUUUCUGUCAGGAAAGCAACACAGACAAAGGAUAUGCUUUUAAUUUGAAAUUCAUGUUAUGCUGGGGUUAUAUAUUUAUUUAGAACAUUGUUACCCCACUUGUCUCAUAGAGACUCAAGAUGUACAAAAACAAAUGCAUUGUACUGCAAAGUAAAAGAUUUCUGUUGUAAAUUAAACUCUUCAUAGCUUUCUCCUGAUACACGACUACUUUUCCUCAGAGAAUCUGCUGCCAGCUUAAUCUGGUAAUGGUCAACUGCCUCAGGGUGCUUGCAGACAUGGACGAUUUAGCAGCACCCAAUCAUUCUGUUCUGCUUUAAGCUGGAAGCAGAACAGCAAUUCGGAUUCUAGACUUCUAUCUGUAUGUCACCAAGUGGGCAAAUGUUGGAGGGGGAGAUUUUCAUUGGGACCAUUGCGGGGGGUGAAUGGUUAAAUACUGUCUUCUCCCACCAUUGCUAUUAUUAUGAUUCCCUCCCCUGCAAUUUAGGAGAGAGAGAAAAAAAGGGGGGGGUAGGUUAUCAAGCCAAGCCUAUUCAGAAAAUGAAGGGUUAAAGUGAUAGAGUUGAUUCCAAGAAAGGGAAGACAGGCCAUAAUGAAAUAAAUGUUUGAGUCAUCUAUCCAGAUCAUUACUGGUCAGAAUAGUAGUGCAACAAGCCAUGUACACCUGGGGAAAUUGCGCAGUCAUUCAACUUAGUUUUUAAAAAGAUGGUUUUUCUGAGUGUUGGGGGAGGGGCUGAAAAGGAAAAAAAUGGAGCCCCAUCUCCUUCAUUUCCUUAGCUAGAUGAGACUUUUGCUGGCUGAAAAAGCAAUACUGGGUCAAGGCACUAUGACGUUUGUUAGAACUUUAGCUGAAAAAUGAGGAAUCAGAGUGGUACCACACUGGUUUUGCCAGGAAAUGGAUGCACUGUUCUGAUACAGGAAAAAGAGAAGCAGUUUCUUGGGGGUCUUCCUUUCUAUACCACUUGGAAAGUACAAGAUACCAAGAAUCUGUGCAAAAUGUUUCAUGUAACUUAUGUUAACCUUAACCACAUUUCUUUAAAUUGUGAAAUAAACAGUCCCUUUCUUCUUAAAUGCACUGGAGGAGGAAGUGCAAGUGAGCCAGAGAUACACUUCCCUUUUUUAUGACUCCAAAGUAAAGUUCAAAGGGAGGAAUCAUCCCUUUAUUGGAAGCACUCACAACCGUCUGUGGAAAUUUCCUGACUCAUACAGCUUAGGCCUGACCUUGUGAUAAUGCCCGAAAGCCCACUUAUUUGCAUAUUCCAACCAUUAACAUAAUGUAUCUUUGUUACUAUCUGUAUAAAUGCUGCAAAAGUAGACCCAUUUCUACUUGGCACAUUCUCUCUAGAACUUCUAUACCCCAUACAUAUAGUAGCUGAGGUUCCUCUUGUUUCUUCCAUAUCCUUUGAGAAAAUAUGAGAUGCAUGUAAAACAAAUACGUAAAAGAAUAUAUGCUUUGUCCAAUGUCACCAAAGGCCCCUUUACAGUUGUCAGGGGUAAUGCGUGAUAGGAAUGAUAUAAUGGUUUUGAUCCAUCCAAGGCAAUGGCUAGAGAGCAACAUCAAGCCUCGCCAGUUUACCACCACCAGGAUGUAAAUGAAGCUUGAAGAAGAGAAGCUGAACAGGAAAGUUGAAGUUGGAAACUGAUCCUCUUUGAAGCAAACCUCACGGUGUGGAGACUUGAUCUGGUUCUCCCUUCCUCCCACUUCAUCAAUAGCCCUCGUCCUCAGUGAGGAAGGAACAUGCAGCCAUCACAGUUAGAUGGUUUACCAGUAGGCUGCCAUUUAAUCUCUUUACAUGUUGCCAUGAAGAAAAGCAAAAGACAGAGUUAGAAAACAUGGUGUUGGUCAUAAACAACAAUUUGAGAGAAGUAUUUAUGCUGGGUUUGCUUCUAGAAUAAUCACAAUAAUGUGAAAACCUAUUUGUUGGAGGUGUAAUUUCGUCCAGAUCAGCUUUCAGUUGCUAUCCUCAUAAUUAUCUCCCUGAACUUCUAUCUAAUUUUAAAUUGUUUUUGGACCAGUUGUGGCCAGCUAUCAUCAACAGAUUACAUCAUGUAAUUGCUCCAAAGCCUAAAUCCAAGGGCGAAGAUGCUAGAAAUUCUGAAUGGUAGGUGUUUGGAAAACUGAAAGCUCAAAUCUGUAUGAUCUGCUUAGGUGUAGUUUUUAACACACUGGACAAGUAGUGAGAUACAACUACAAGUAUUCCCACCAUUUUGCUUCUUCCCUGUACUGCCAGUUGGGGUUUAGGAUGGCUUUGCAAGUCUGAAUCCAAAACAUGCAUUUAAAUGGAAGGGUUUUUAUUUUGUUCCCUUUUUGAAGCAGGCUCCAGGAAUUUAUUUGUGUGUGAGGUUUUACUCAUUACUUUUAUUUUAUUUUCACAUAUGUUUUGCUUUUGAAUAUAUUUCUCAAAUUUUAUGAGGUGAAAAGCAGGUGGAGUUUAUGAGGGAACGUAACUUGCUUUUCAUCGAAACUCUUACAAAUUAGUUUAGUCACCCUGACUGGUCUUCACGGCCAUUCUUCUCAUCCGCCAUCUGGAAACCUGGGCAUUGGUAUAUAACAGGGGUGGGCAACCUCCAACCCAUUGCCCAAAUGUGGACCACCUAGGUAAUCUGUCUGGUUCUCAGGUCUUUCCCUACGCCAAGACCUCCCCAGCCCAGUCUGUGCCCUCCUUGAGUGCUUUUAGCUGGCUGAGAAGUGUCCUUGAACAGUGAUACUACCUCUUACAUGCUUGGUUGAAGAGGCCUGCAUAUAUGGGUGUAGAAACCUCUGACGUGUGCUUGGAAUGUAGCUAACUGCACAAAUCCAACUGUACAAAGAAUCCAUUGCUCCAUCCACUUUUACCCCAUGCCUUAAACAGAGCUGGUAUGUGGCUCACAGAAAGUUACCCUGGAAGAAAUAUAGCCCUUGGGAGGAAAGUUUCCCUACCUCCUGACAUACAAGAUGUUUCAAUAAGUGUCUGUUCUAGUUCAGAAACCAGAAGGGGGUCCAUGUCAUGCUUCCAGUACUGAAUGACGGCCAGCAGAACUUCAGCAUGUUCUGUUUUCUGCUUGCAGAAUUUAAGCAGUUUGCAGAAUUUGUUAAAAGGUUUGCUCACUGCUUGCUUCCACAGCAUGCAAACCUGGGAUGUACAGAUGUUUCACUAUAUUUUGACCAACCAGGUGAUCUUAAUCUUCAGGGUGGUGGUGCUUUUAAAGAACCUGCAUUUACUUAGCUACUCUAGUCCACUUAUUAGGUUCAUAAAUAAAUAUCACCAGAAAAUGCUCUUUUGCACUGGUGCUCAUUAGUACUUGAAGUAAUGAACUUCUAUUAGCAAUGAUCUGCAAAGAGGUUUCUCUGCUUUAGGAUGCCCCCUCUUUCUACCCCCUCCUCCCCCACUAAGCAUAUUGGUUUUCACCAAGCAUUUUGAAGGACCCUUUUAAUUUUGCGCAGAUAUACAAAGCCCCAUUUUCUAUGUAAAGGUUAAUCAUUCCAGAAUUCUAUCUCAGCUCUCCAAUAAAUAAUACAUGAUAAACAAAGCUGUGUGAAGCUGAGCAUGAAGGAUGCUGUUGAUUAGUCAUUUAUCUUUUAAGCAGAAGACGGGCUGUUUUCCUGCCAAUUGGCAUGGCGCACUCUAGGCAGUUGUCAUAUGAAAGUUCUGCCCCCAGGUGUGUGUAAAAGCAUUAAAAAGAAAAAGAAAAGAAAAGAAAAGAAAGGAGAUCUGUCCUAGUGUCUUGUAACUCAUCUAAACACAGCCCACUAGCCGUGGGCAGGGCCAGUUCCUGCCAACCUAGCAGUUCAAAAGCACAUCAAAGAGCAAGUAGAUAAAUAGGUACCACUCUGGCAGGAAGGUAAAUGGCAUUUCUGUGCACUGCUCUGGUUCGCCAGAAGCAGCUUAGUCAUGCUGGGUCAGGGGUCCCUUUACCUUUACCUUAGAUGUCAAACAAAUGUUGCAGUGCAGAUGCUGGUGUGCCUCACAUGAUCAGAACUAUGUGCAUGUGUGAUACCUGCUGCAGUGCAUGGCCUGGGCUGGGCUAGCUGCUUCUCUGUCUUUGCUUGGUUAGCCUUUCCCAGCAGCAUAGUCUGUGAAGCACUGGGAGAAGAGAGCUAGCCAGCCUAGUCAGCAAUGAGCAAACAUUUCCUUCAUUCCUGGGCAGGGCUGCCAGCAGAUAGGUAGAAGAGGUUGGAUUUUGGUGGGCCCAAGCCUAGCAGAGCUCCCAGAUUCUUAGGCUUUUUGUUUUUAUUUUUAAAGGAAGUUAAUUGGACAUUUCUGAAGCAAGUGAGAGGACAAAACACAAACACAGCUGUAAUGCUUUAGCACUAGGUAGGCUAAGGACACUUAAUCACUGUUGCCAAGCAAUUAGAGGAAGGGAUGUUGACCACUCUCACCUGGAACUUGGGAAUGGCCUCUCCCAGAGCAAAGGGAAAAAGCAGAAGCUGAAUGGGGGGCAGAUAAUGGGGUAAGUUUGUUAAAGCACUUUACUCAUGUCCAGAUUGUUUUAUUUGCUCUACAAGUGUGUUGCCUUUACAGAAUGGUCUGAUUUCCUUGGAAGUUACUCCCUUGAAAUAAAUGUGCAUUCCUUCCUACUGAGAAAAAAUAGUGAUAUUGCAGACCCCCACUUUGAUUUCCUAUGCCCUCCCCCCAACCACUACUACUCUGCUUGUCAUCACUGGGUGUCAUUGAUUAAUAUACAGUAAACAUCUUUAGCAUGCAUUAGGGACAGGGGAGAAAUUUGACCUGGAUCUCAUUUAAAGGUGACCCUACCCAAUUCAUUUUCCAAAACAAUAUGCAAACCAAAAUGCACUUCUCCAAAUGUUGCAGUGCAGUUCUCCAGCCAAGUAAUGUGUACAGAAAUGCAUAUACUAUAUGCAAAGUGUAGAUAAAAAAUGCAUGUAUUGGUGAAAAUAACACAAAAAUACAUAUUAGGGAAGUUGUUUUGCAAAAAUUGCACAAUUUUUUGUAUGUGGGUAGGCAAAAUUGCAUGCAAAAAUUAUGGAUAUUAUGAAAAAAAUUCACAAAAAUGCUAAUUUAUGCUAGGACUUAAAAAAUUCUCAAACUGAAAUCGACAGAUUCAUCCUUCCCUAGUGUGCAUGUGAGAAUGCAGAGCACAUACUAAACAUUUCCUAUGCAUAACGCUUUCUGUUUCAUGUAUAUUGAUCCCAUUCAUUGCUUUCCACCCAGACCUUCCUAGUGGUGCCUUGUCUGCUGGUUACCUUACUUCUAAAAAUAACUGUUUCUCCCCUAACUGUGACCUGUGCUGGUGAGUCACUUUGAAUUCUUGGUGGGCAAAAUUUGGCCUGCGGUUAUUAACUGAAAAACCUUAGUAUGAAAGUAUUCUUCCAUUUGCCUUAGCAUUGAAGGAAAGUGGUGCAGAAUAUUUUAUUGUGGAGCAGGGAUGACCUUCUAGGUUCUGCUAGACCACUGCUCCCAUCACCCCUGACUAUUGGCCAUGCUUGUUGGGGCUGAUGGGAAUUGGAGUCCGCAACGUCUGGAGCACCAUGGCUUCCCCAUCUCCAUUGUAGAGGAUGGAGCAGAGUAGGGCUGAAUAAUGCAGGAUUGUUUGCUCUGAAAGAGCAAUUGCAUAAGUUAAUGUAAUCCAGUUUGCAAGGUGAAAGGUAUUUUCUAUAGCUGUACAGUACAUACACUGAGUUCUGCUACAAUUACAAAAAUAACCUGUCAGGAAGAACAGUGGGGCAUAGUUACAGCUGAGUAAAGGUUCAUAAUGUACUCAUAACAUCCUCUCACUCUGUGGUUGUGGUUUGGUGUGCUCGCACAUGCUCUUUUUUGUGUCAAUAUCUCAUUAUUUCCACAGUGGUUGAUUUUGCUGCUGUAUACCAAACGUACAUUACACUGUUUUGUUAUUCUGCUCAUUUGACCAAAAUGUUGUUAGUGAUUGCUGAGAGAGGAUUUUCUUCUUCUUUGUGAUUGAUUUGAUAAAGUAAUGAUAAUUCUAAUAAUUUCCUGAGGCUUUUAACAAUGCUGUGCUCUAUUUUAGUGUUUGUCUUAUUGGCAUUUAGGAAUCAUUCAUAAUCUGAAACAAUACUGGAUUAAAACUGUGCAAUCUGUUUUGGAAUACAGUUGUUGCAUCUAGAACUUUGUGACUAGCCUGAUGGAUAAAUAAGUCAACUUUGGUUUCCCAGAGGUUUUUUUUCCUCUCCUUCCUUCCAGUGUUAAGUUCAGUAUUUCACAUUUCUGCAUCAGUUUGUGAUUUUCUCUCUCUUAAAUUCCUCAUAAAGGUUCGUCAGCAUUUUAGCACACAUUUCUUCUAAUACAGGUGACUCACAACUUAUUUUACUGACACAACCACAGCUUUGUGCACGUGUGUGUGUGGGAGGACAAAUUAAAAAAAUGGAGAGUGGGGGAAACCCAAUUUCCAUUUAUUUACUUCCCCCACAAAACUGUGCAAAGCUGCAAUUGCAAAACUCUAUAAGCAUUUUUUAAAAGAUUAUGUUAGGAAUAUUUAUUACAAUGAUGGGGGAACCUCAGGCCCACAGGACAAAGACAGUCCAUCAGGUCUCUUUAUCCAGCCCUUGGGACUUUCCCCAGGCUACACCCUUCUGCUUAGGAUGGCUAGCUCAGUUGGUAGAGCAUGGGACUCUUAAUCUCAUGGCUGUGGGUUUGAGUCCCACACUGGGUGCAAGAUUCCUGCAUUGCAGUGGCUGGACUUAGAUGAUCCUCGUGGUUCCCUCCAAUUAUGAUUCUAUGACCUUUCACUGCCUCUGUGCUCCCCUGGAUUGGUUUUGCCUGGGUGGAACAUGUUCUUGAACUGUGAUAAUUCCUCUCGCUUACCUGGAUAGAGGACGGAUGCUAUGUGUGUGCAGAAGAAACCUUUGACUUUUGUGUGGCUGGAAUGUAGCCUACUGCACAAAGGAAAGAGUUUUUAUCCAUUGCUCUGCCUGCUCUUGCUUCUAGCCACACCAAUUUUUGCCUCUGCCCUUCCCGCUACUGGCCUGAAGCCUCUGGAAAGUUACCCAUGAGCGAAAACAGGCUUUGGGCUGAAAAACAUUUUCCACUUCCAUUUCCAAUUAAUUGCAAGCUACAAGAGUUUUAACACACCUUAGCACUGUGCAUACAAAUGUAUGUUUCCCUGCCUGUAGGUUCACUGGCCAGGAAUUUUGACUGGCAAUUUAAAGCAAUGCAGUUUUUCCAUAGGAGACAUUGAGGAUAAUUUCAAUGGAACUGAAUGGGUGUGUCUAACUGGGAAAGGCAUUUGUGACAUGCAUUUGCAUGUAUAGUGUCUGAACUCUUCCAUUGUCCAUUUGAAGCAUAGAAGUUCUAGGCAACUCCUUGCUUAGGCGUUGUCUUAGCUCUGAGCCAGCAAGGUGGGAUUGAAUUAAAAAACAGUACCAUAGUUACUGUUAAACUAUCCUGUGUCUGCUGGGCUUGUUGUUUAAAUUAAGAAGCUGCUGUGUUGUACACCUGCUGUUUUUCCUCAGCCUCAUCACUUGUGAAAUCACAAUUCCUCUUUUGUUUGGUGUUAACCGUUUUCAAGCAACCUAAAAACAUUUUAAAGAACACAAGAAGAGCCCUGCUGGUUUAGCCAAAGGUCCAACAUCACCAGUAUCCUAUUUCCAGAAGUGAUGCCCAUUUAGAUAUUGAUAGGAAGUCUACAGUUGGGGCCCAUGGGAUUCAUUUUUUACAUUCUGUACCGUCUCAAAAAUCCAAACAAAAACUAUUUCAGACUUAACAGUUAAUUGCCAUCAUUAUGUUUUAAUUUGAUGAACAUAUUGAUACAUUCGGUUAUCAUGCUGUUCAUUGUUUCUAAGUUUUACUCUUUUCUUAAAUGUAACCUCUGGAAGUUUGCAUUGCCAGAAUCAAUCAUUAUUUAUUGGAACACUUCAAUGGCCAUUGGCUGAAAGCAGUAGAAGCUGAUGGACAGAGGAGGCAAUAAGCUUUCUCCAGCAGUUGGUAUCCAGGUGAAUAAAAGCAGGCUCUGGUCAGGGAAGGUGCCAUUUAGCUAUCCUAAUGAGGGAUGGAGUGACCUGUCAAUUACAGUUCUCAUUUUUCCUGUCUUAAAUUUGCAGUGAUGUGCAAAUUUUAUUUUUAAAAAAAUCUUCAUCAAAAUUCUUCAGCAUUUAGUGUGAAUUUCUCUUAAUAAACAUAUUUUUAUAUGCAGUUUUGACUCAUACACAUUUCUGAAGCAAUUUCUCCUAAUAUAAAUUUUCUGUGUUCUAUUCAACAAUAUGUUCCCUUUGAUGCACACUCCUACCUAAUAUAUGCAUUCUUGUAAACACUGAUUGGUUGGAGAACUGCAUUGCAAAAUUUGGAUAAGAGCAAAUUUUGAAGGAAGGCUGUGUUUUGGUUUCCAUAUUGUUUCAGAAAGUGCAAAUUUGAUAAACUGGGCUUUAAAUGCAAACUGAAUCAAAUUGGAUUCAAGUUACAAGAAAGAAGAUUUUGACUAAACACAAGGAAGAACUCUCUGACAGUAAGAGCUGUUCGACAGUGGGAUGGAUUCCCUCAGGAGGUUGUGAGCCUCCUUCAUUGGAGGUUUUUAAGCAGUGGUUGGAUGGUCGUCUGUCAGGGAUGCUUUAGUUGAGAUUCCUGCAUUGCAGGGGUUGGACUAGAUAGCCCCCAGGGUCCCUUCCAACUCUACAAUUCUAUUAUUCUCCGUCCCUAAUCCUAGCUAAUAGUUCUGACUGAUAGACCUGUCCUAUUUGUCCUUUCAAUGAUAGGAUGUUUUUAAAGAGGAGGAAGAUGGACAUGCAAAAUAGAAAAUCAAGACUGAGUUCCACAUUGAAGACGUACUUUAGCAGGUGAGUCCCAGUUCUUAAGAGAUUAAAAGAACUGUUCUACAUAACCCCUAGGAAUGCUGUGCCAAUUGUUCAAAACAGGCCAGCAGGUUUUUACACAUGAUGGGAAUGGUAGUCCCCUAAGAUAGCUUGAAUGUCUUCUAGCCUGGUAUAAUACUUCCCUUCAUUUUCUUAAUUAUGGCUGCCUUUACUGGGAGAUGCUGUUGUCUGGACAGACCCAUAGUGACUCCAUGGAGUGCCUGUCCUAUUUACAGGAAAGUGUUCAUGACCCACCAAAACAACCUCUGUCAAAUGUUUCCCACACAUUUCCUUUUUGUGCAUCAUUACAGCUCUGUUGACAGGCGAUAUAUCCCUUUGUGGAGUGUUUGAAACAAAGAGUAUUCCUGUGUUGCAUCAUACUGAUAUAUACAAUGUGGUAGUGUGUAUAUAGCCUUGUUUUAUUUAUAGAGGUUUUUCUGACCUAGAACUGUGAGCCUUGAAAGGUACGGUAACUCAUUCUGGCAGAUAACCACUACACCACAUGAGAAGUAAGCAGAACGUAGGAGUGUCUCAAUAGGAAGAAGUAGAAAAUGUGAAACAAGUGACCUUUAUAUAUUUGGAAAGGGAGAGUGUCUCAGGCAUGAGAUGCAGUUUAUGGCUAUCUAUGAAUCAGAGUGCUGGUAUUGUGCAUCCAAGAAAAUUCAGUUUCUGUGUAAAGAAAGAUGGGUACGUUGUGAAAAUAUUAUAUUCAUUCCAGUUUUGUGUGAUGCACGAGGUAUUUAGGCUUUCAAAAACAGCCAAAUAGAGAGAGCGUUAGUAAAACAUGUUUUGUGACUAUUGAAACUGAAUACUGCACUCAAGAAGAUGUAUGUUAAAGGUUUUUAUAUGGCUUCCAUUUUACCAGAAGGGCUCUGGAACAAACCGAUUUUGACAUUUUCUAUUUCUGCAUCUGCACUAGUUCUAUGAUAAUGAUACCAAAUUCUCCACCAAGAAAGUCCUGUGUUCUGAGCAAGUUGAAGUUACUGCGGUUUUAUAAUUUGCUGGAAGUUGCCCAGUCAGGUGGGUGACAAAUAGCUAGACAGGUAGAUAGCUAGAUAGAUGCUGCUGUUAGGAACAUGGGGGACUGACUUAUACUGAAUCAAGCCACUGGUCCAUCUAGCUCAGUAUGAUGGACACUGGCUGGCAGCAUGUCUCUAGGUUUUCAGACAAGAAACAUUCCCAGCCCUAUUUGUAGAUGCUGGAGAUGCUAGAGUGAUACAAACUGUCUGCUCUACCAUUGAGCUAUUGGCCUUCUCCCUAUUCCUCCCCAUUACACAGAAGGAGGAGGAAAGAGGAAGCACAUGGAACUUUACCCCAAGAAUUCUGGGAACUGUAGUUCAUUAAGUGUCAUGGGAAUUGUAGGUUUGUGAGGAGUAAAUUCUUUGUGGUGGAGGGAUGUGCUUUAAAUAUAUGGUGUGUGUACAGAACAUAGUUCAGUUAAAGCAGGAUAUGCUAUUAGAGGCCUGAAUGUAGCAUUAAGGAAUCUCCCUGUUAAUAUGGAAUUUUUGUCUCUCUUCAGCAGUCUCUAAUGCGCUGACUCUUCUCACAAAGAAACUAUGCUGGAUGGUGUAAUCAAAUGACUUUCAGUUGCUGGGAAAAAUCUAGGCUCUGAAACAGAAUCCAUCUUAUUGAAAAUUGAUGCUUGGAUUUAUUGAUAUCAGCAAAUCUUGCCCUUCUGGCAUCUGGGCUAAAAGGCUAAUGUCUUGGAAGCUGAGGUGGAAAAAUUUCCAGAAUGGGACUAUAAACCACUCUAGGAAAUAAGUGCAGGCCCCCAGAGCAUGGAAAGGAUAAUGGUUUUGGCUUUCCCUCUCAAAAAAUGUAAAUAUGCAAGUUAAGGGCUCAAGUUGCUGGAGUUUGUGUCCAGAACUCAAUUGCAUGCUUUUCCUAUGGUUAUGUAAAACCACAGCAUACCCAAAGCCUUGUCUAUUCCUUUCACCCUUCCUAUAUCAGAGACAAACAAGUGUGAGCACAGCAGACUCAUAUAUUAGCUUGUCCCAUCUUGACAAAAAGCACCAGCAUUUGAUCAAACGUGUUAGGAGUCUUGGGAGUUGAAAGAGUAGAAACUAAAGAAACAGGAUUGUCAGAUCUAAUCUAUCAAUUUACCAGCAUUUUAUAAUCAGGACAUGGACUGACUGUAAGUUGGACCAUAAUUUUCUUUCAUGAGUGGGCAAGUAAACAGUAAUUCUGCACUCCAAUUAUCUUUGAUGAUAUGUUUACGUAUACAUUUUGGGGUCAAUUAUUCCCUCUCCCCCUCCCCCUUCCACAUGUCUAUGAAUGGACCUAAGGACUAAAUAUUUGCAAGACCACAAACAGAGGUGUUUUCUUUUCCUAUUAACUCUUUUAUUUCUCAACAUAUGAAGUAUGGAUGAGGUAUGGGUGUACAAGGGAGUUAAUGUCAUUGUGAAAACCAUCAAAUUCAGCAAGCUGAAGGUUAAAAGCUUUCCCUUGUCAUUUUUGGCACCUAGGUUGGCUACUUGAUCAGGUGUGUUUUGAGCUAAAAGUGAAUAUGGUAUUAAGGAAACUAAAAUACCAUCUUAGCUUUCAAAAUAAGACACCAGGAGUAGAAUGCACAUUUAACUCAAGAAAAUGAACCAAAAAAAUUAUUAAACAUUUCAAAAUAAAAUAUUAUUACUAAAGGAAGUAAAAUAUAGAAUACACAUUUAAAACAGCACAAUUAACAAGAGAAUAAAAUGUUAACCUAAACAUAGAACUUAUCUGCUGCUUUUGCUGUCAAUGGUGGUUCAGGGCGACUGUCGGCUGUGGGAGCUUGGUUUCAAUGGCUCUGAUCUGCACAAAGUGACUUUCUGGUGGCAGAGCAAGGAGAGGGGCUUGGGGACUCUUAGUGUGGGUAGAAAUUCAACUGCAUUGGUGGUGGUUGCUCCCCUUUGGACUUGGUGGAGACAGGGCAGCAAACUGUACUGGAGCCAGAGGUCAGAAUAGGUGGAGCCAUCACUUUUUCUCCUGGUCCCACUCCUCUUUUAUCAGCAGCCCCUGUGGAGGCCAUGUUGCUUCUGCUUCAGCAAUACUUCUUAUUCUAUAUGUUUGGGGUGGAUGAAGCUACUUCAGACUGCAGUGGUAGGGGCCCUGUUGAGAUGGUCUUUCUUUGGAGGCUUACAGCAUCUGAUGAAUUCCUGAAUGCUCUGGGGCACUUUCUGUCUGGCACUGCUGUUGAGUCUCUUGUCACAUGGCAGAAUGUUGAGAUAUGUAGAGCCAUCAACACGAUUGUUCCUGAGUGCUCUCGCCUUCUCUGCUGGAGCAUGUAGGUCAACUUGGCACUCUAGUGACCUUCAAGGUAUGUCAGCCAAGUUUUGUUUCUUCAAAGCCUGUCAAACUCCCAGCAGAAUAAUGUUCUCUGAAGUGGUUCAGCCAAAGCUCUCAGGUGCUCAGGUAUUUGCUGUGGAUGUCAGCAGAUGUUAACACAAGGAAGGGCUUAGUCUUCAGACUGCAAGAAGUUUUUUGGGGGGGAGGAUUGGAGGAAAGUACCACCAUGAUCACAGCUUUCCUUCCCACUCUACACGGGAAAGGGGAGUGACUGAGAGGGACGAUACUUUGUUGUUGUUGUUGUUGUUCAUUUGAGUGUGUGGGGUUGUUGAAGCGCUCCAGUUUGCCCAUUGGGGACCAUAAACAAUCAAUACAUUUCAUCUUGUGGGCAAUAAGAGCUCUUACCUUUAAAACUCUAAAAUUCCAUUAUAUCCAUGUAUCCUUAUGAAAUUAGGCCUGUGAUGAACUAUGGUAGGAGGUCUGUUGGCUCAAGUAGCUCACCUAGUGUUAGGAAUGUCUUCCUCUAGUCAGGGGCAUAUGAAGCGGGGGGCGGAGGGGGCAGGCCGCCCUGGGUGCCACUUGAGGGGGUUGACAAGAUGGCUCCUGCCUCCCCCCAGCUGUAGAGCAGCUGAGGGCGCGUGCAGUCCAUAUGUGCAGCAUCCUGUACGGUCGCUGCACAUGCACAGUCUGUAUGGGCUGCCACUUGCAUGGCGACUGUACAGGCUGCCACACAUGCGCAAUUGGUAUGGUAUGCCGCUUGCACGACAGCUCAUAUGGACGCCGCGCAAGUGGCAGCCCAUACAGACUGCACAUGUGCGACAUUCCGUAUAGGGUGCGCAUGCGCGGGAUGCUGCACAUGUGCAGUCCGUACGGGCUGCCCCGCCCCUGGUGCCGGAGAGGGUUCCUCCGCCACUGGCUCCAGUGAGAGCCAGUGUGGUGUAGUGGUUAAGAGCGGUGGACUCGUAAUUUGGUGAACCGGAUUCAAUUCCCCACUCCUCCACAUGCAGCUGCUGGGUGACCUUGGGCUAGUCACACUUCUCUGAAGUCUCUCAGCCUCACUCACCUCACAGAGUGUUUGUUGUGGGGGAGGAAGGGAAAAAGAGAUUGUUAGCCCCUUUGAGACUCCUUAGGGUAGUGAUAACGCGGGAUAUCAAAUCCAAACUCUCCUCCUCCUCCAAGCAGCUUCUAAUGCUAUGAAAGCACCCCAAGCACUUUAGGACAGUGGUUCCUCCCGUCCAUGUAAUAAACACUUUCUCCAGAGGAAAAGCAUAAAAGGGGGAUGAAAUUAUGUGGGCAACAAACACUUCUUAAAACUUAAUCUACAAGUUUUUCAUAUGCAAAUACCCUGGGUAUUGUAAAGCCUUAUUCCAGAGCUAUCAGGUUUUCUAUUUGUUCCUAUAGAAGAGGGUUGCUGCAUAAUUCAUAGAAUCUCUUUGGCAAUGAUGCUCUUGAGGUAUGUAAUUGGUUUCAGAACAACGAAACAACUCCUCCAAGAAACGGUGCCAAGAUGUAUUUCAGGAACUACCCUUUAGUUCGUUAUCUUUUCAAAAUGGCUUUCUUUUCAUAUAACACUGUCUUUUUAAUAGAGGGUAUAGUAUACUUUCUCAAUGACAAUAUUCUCACAAAGUGCUUUUCAUAGCAGCACCAAAAUUAUGUUUCCACAUAGUUUUCCUGAGCUGCAACCUUUUACUCACACACUAAUUAAAUGGUAUUGACUUACGAGUAAACGUGCCCAGGAUUCACUGAUAGUGAUCAGUGAAUUUGUCCCUUACCAGUGUGAUAUGGAUUUGCAGCAUAGUGAAACCAGCAUGGUGAAUUCUCAGAUUAUUUAAUGCAGAAUGAUCAUCCUCUGAGAGGUCAGCUGGGGGGAAAAACAUUUGCUUAAAUUUGUAUGAGAAGGUUAAAUAGGGUAAAUAUUUAGUGCUAUGAUCAAGACCCAUUAUUAUUGUUAUUUAUUAUUAUUAUUUUCUAUACCACUCUUCAUCCAAAGAUCCCAGGGUGGUUCACAAUAGUAAAAUACAAAAUGAGAAUACAAAAUACAUAAUAACACAAAAACAAACCAAUAACCUCCCCCCUCUAAAAAGCCAUAGAAUUUUAAUCAGCUAUAUGCCUGGUUAAAGAGAAAUGUUUUAGCCUGACGUCUAAAGAAAUGUAAUGGAGUUUCCAGGUAAACCUCCUUGGGGAGAGCAUUCCACAAACAGGGAGCCACUGGGGAAAAGGCUCAUUCUUGUGUUGCCACCUUCUGGUGCACUCUAAGGCCAGGGUUUCCAGAUUGUGGUGUAGGGACCCACGUUUCAUUCCAGUGGUCCAUGACAUGUCUGUGCAGAACACACAAUUUGAAUUCUGUAGGAUUUGAUGGAAUUCCGAUUGUAACCCAAUG